GUUCCUCAUUUCGCUUGCUUGUUUCUUGCCGUUGGUCGUGGCGGGCCGGGAGGUGGCGGCUAAGGCAAAUUGAAACACACUUCAUCAUCCUCGGGUAGCAACCAGUUUCAUGGCAGGGAGGGACUGUAUCAAGCUCUUCUAACCCGUGUCGCUGUUCCAUCCCCAGCAGAAAUUGAACCUUCUCUUCUUUUGGUGUGUCUAUCUGAAGAUGUAUUUACUUGUUCUUGAGUUUUCUGUGGAUGCUGAUUCGGUACUUAAACUUUGUGCUUCACGAUAUAAUUCCUUUACGCCUAGUUUUGAGGCGUAAGCCAUAGCUUGGGAAUCACUGGCUUGAAGUCUGCUGUCCCCAAAGCGUACCGGAAACGCUAUCGACCGGCAGACUGAGUGUGGAGGGGCAAUAUUACCAAGGUACAUCAUGGAAUUGAUCUGGCGCUGGGCCAAGACAUUGGAUUAACAUUUUUUGCCCCUUUCUCUUUUACAUCUCUUUCACAACCAUUUUUUAAAUAAAAUUCAAACAGAGGAUUUCGAAGAGAAAACAUUGUUGGAUUUAAGUGAGGAAUUUUUUGGAUAUAUUUUUUGCUGUCUUCCAUCGGUCAAUACCUUGAGGAGAGGUGAGUUUAAACAUUACACUUAUACCAAGUCGUGACCACUAUUUUUGGUAUUUAUUAGAGCAAGUAACGCCCACUUUAUAUAUAUAUAUAUAUAAUAGAAAAGUUAUGGUCAUUAUUGUUAGAUGUUAUACCAAGACAUGGUCAUUAUUGUUAGAUGUUAUAUCAAGAAAUGGUCAUUAUUUUUAUAUGUUAUUAUACCAAUUCGUGGUCACUAUUGUUUUGUUAUAUGUUAUACCAAGUCAUGGAGACUAUAUAUUGUUACAUUUUAUUGUUAUACAAUGUCAUGACCACUAUUGUUAGAUGUUAUACCAAGUCAGAAUCCUCCUUCCCCAUUUUCGUCCACGCUCCCACCUUCUGCCCCGCCCCCACCUUCUGCUCCGCCCACACCUUCUGCUCCGCCCACACCUGCUGCCCCGCCCGCACCUUCUGCCCCGCCCGCACCUUCUGCCCCGCCCCCACCUUCUGCUCCGCCCACACCUUCUGCUCCGCCCACACCUUCUGCCCCGCCAACACCUUCUGCCCCGCCCCCACCUUCUGCCCCGCCAACAACUUCUGCUCCGCCCACACCUUCUGCCUGCUCCGCCCCACCUUCUGCCCCGCCACACCUUCUGCUCCGCCCACACAUGCUGCCCCGCCCACACCUUCUGCUCCGCCCACACCUUCUGCUCCGCCCACACCUGCUGCCCCGCCCCCACCUUCUGCCCCACCCACACCUUCUGCUCCACCCACACCUUCUGCUCCGCCCAAACCUUCUGCCCCGCCCACACCUUCUGCUCCGCCCACACCUUCUGCUCCGCCCACACCUUCUGCUCCACCACACCUUCUGCUCCGCCACACCUUCUGCUCCGCCCACACCUGCUGCCCCGCCCACACCUUCUGCCCCGCCCACACCUUCUGCUCCGCCCACACCUGCUGCGCCGCCCCCACCGUCUGCCCCGCCCCCACCUUCUGCUCCGCCCACACCUUCUGAUCCGCCCACACCUGCUGCUCCGCCCACACCUCUGCUCCGCCCACAACUUUUGCUCCGCCCACACCUUCUGCUCCGCCCACACCUUCUGCUCCGCCCACACCUUCUACCCGACCAACGAACCUCAUUUUUAAUGACACAAGAAACCAUAAACCAUUGCCCCAACCAAUCUUAGUGUGUAAAUAUAAUGUUCCUUAAAAUUCAACCUUUUCAAACCCAACUCCUUCAAACUCAACCCUUACAAUCUCAACCUCUUGAGUCUCAUGCGCCAAACCCCACUAUCAUCAAGCCCCAUAUAGUGGGAGACAUGUCCUUACUUAGGAAUGGCGUUAUCUCAAAUUAUGGGGGGAAGGUAUGUCAAUAUCAUUUCUCAAACUGUUUCACCCAUAACACCGUAAGCACGAUAUUUAUUGAUCUUCUUGCAUUAUACCCCUAGCAUUAUACCCCUAGCAUUAUACCCCUAGCAUUAUACCCCUAGCAUUAUACCCCUAGCAUUAUACCCAUAGCAUUAUACCCCUAGUAUUAUACCCCUAUCAUGAGUCCCCUACAUUAAACCUCUAACAUUAUACCCCUAGCGUAAACCUCUAGCAUUAUACCUCUAGCGUUAGUCCCCUAGCUUUAUUCCUGCAGAAACAUAUACCCCUAGCAUUAUACCCUUAGAGUUAUAUCACUAGUGGUAGCAAACCCUUUAGCAAUAUCAGGACACAAUUCGCUGGUCCCUGCUAUAUUGAAACUGAUAAUUGAUGCAUUAUCAAAUUAAAUAUUCAAAAUUGACCACAGACCCUCACUGGCGGCACCAAAGGGGUCUAUUUUAGCCCAUCUCCAGAACCGUUAGUCAGAAAGUAGGCCUCCCAACUUUCACUCAAAUGCGAACCUAUCCAUGUCCCCUCCACCCAUACCCCCUUUUUCCCAACUAUAAAUAAGGUCGCCACAUAUUUACCCUGUGGUAGUUUGAAGUUAGUAUGGGUAAAUACAAGGAAACUAAGGUUGACGGCCGCAAGCAAUAGAUUUACAACAAAUUGUCUCUCUAUCAAAUUGUCUCUCUAUCAAACUGUCUCUCUAUCAAAUUGUCUCUCUAUCAAAUUGUCUCUCUAUCACAUUGUCUCUCUAUCAAAUUGUCUCUCUAUCAAAUUGUCUUUCUAUCAAAUUGUAUCUCUAUCAAAUUGUCUCUCUAUCAAACUGUCUCUCUAUCAAAUUGUCUCUAACAAAUUGUCUCUAUCAAAUUGUCUCUCUAUCAAAUUGUCUCUCUAUCAAAUUGUCUCUCUAUCAAAUUGUCGUUUAAAAAUGUUAUUAAAAAUGUAUACUGUUAAUUUUACUUUUUAACCUGAAUAAUAUUUGACAUGGUCGCGUUAUUUUCCAAAUAUUUUAAAACACAACCCCAUUUAGCUGGAGCUAGAACCGAAAACACAGAACUUGAAUCCUGCUGGACCAAGCCCUUCUGACGACCGGACCCUUCUGACGACCGGACCCUUCUGACGACCGAACCCUUCUGACGACCGAACCCUUCUGACGACCGCACCCUUCUGACGACCGAGCCCUUCUGACGACCGAACCCUUCUGACGACCGAACCCUUCUGACGACCGAGCCCAUCUGACGACCGGACCCUUCUGACGAACGCACCCUUCGGACGACCGGACCCUUCUGACGACCGCACCCUUCUGACGACCGAACCCUUCUGACGACCGAACCCUUCUGACGACCGAACCCUUCUGACGACCGAGCCCUUCUGACGACCGAACCCUUCUGACGACUGGACCCUUCUGACGAAAGAACCCUUCUGACGACCGAACCCUUCUGACGACCGAACCCUCCUGACGACCGAACCCUUCUGACGAACGAACCCUUCUGAUGAGCAAACCCUUCUAACGACCGAACCCUUCUGACGACCGAACCCUUCUGACGACUGAACCCUUCUGAUGAGCAAACCCUUCUGACGACCGAACCCUUCUGAUGACCGAACCCUUCUGACGACCGAACCCUUCUGACGAAUGAACCCUUCUGAUGAGCAAACCCUUCUGACGACCGAACCCUUCUGACGACCGAACCCUUCUAACGACCGAAUCCUUCUGAUGAGCGAACCCUUCUGACGACCGAACCCUUUUGGUGAGCAAACCCUUGUGAUGACGAACCCUUCUGACGUCUGAACCCUUUUGACGACCGAAGCCGAACUUCACUGUCACUGAUUACGAGCCAGUAUAAAUAUAGUUCCCAUUGUACUAAGAAAGAUAAAGAAAAUGUAUGUUCCUCUUUUUAGUGCAGUUCAAUUUUCAUAUCUGGAACGUUUAUGUCUAUAAAAUGUAACGUAUCUUUUAUUUUCUUUGAAUUAAAGCCAAACUAAUUUCAAAUUGGGUUAAUUACCGAACGCGCUGAACUCCAAUUGUUUCCGAACAAAACCUGUCUUUAAGCUGUUGGCAAACCCUAACUUAAGCUAUUGACUAACUGUACAUAAGCAGUUGGCAAAUCCUUACUUAAGCUGUUGGCAAACCAGAACAUAAGUUGUUGGCAAAUACUUAAGCUUUUGGCAAACUCUUACUUAAGCUGUUUGCAAACCCAAACGUAAGCUGUUGGCAAACCAGAACAUAAGCUUUUAUCAAACCCUUACUUAAGCUGUUGGAAAACCCAAACGUAAGCUGUUGGCAAACCAGAACAUAAGCUUUUAUCAAACCCUUACUUAAGCUGUUGGCAAACCCAAACGUAAGCUGUUGGCAAACCAGAACAUAAGCUGUUAUCAAACCCUUACUUAAGCUGUUGGAAAACCCUUACUUAAGCUGUUGGCAAACCCUUACUUAAGCUGUUGGCAAACCCUUACUUAAGCUGUUGGCAAACCCUUACAUAAGCUGUUUUCAAACCCUUACUUAAGCUGUUGGCAAACCAGAACAUAAGCUUUUAGCAAACCCUUACUUAAGCAGUUGGCAAACCCAAACGUAGGCUGUUGGCAAACCCAAACGUAAGCUGUUGGCAAACCCUUACUUAAGCUGUUGGCAAACCCAAACGUAAGCUGUUGGCAAACCCAAACGUAAGCUGUUGGCAAACCCUUACUUAAGCUGUUGGCAAACCAGAACAUAAGCUUUUGGCAAACCCUUACUUAAGCUGUUGGCAAACCCAAACGUAAGCUGUUGGCAAACCCUUGCUUAAGCUGUUGGCAAACCCGAACAUAAGCUGUUGGCAAAAUAGAACAUAAGCUGUCCUGAAUCAAACACCAACUUUUAAAAGAGGGUUCAAUUCCCAUCUCUAAAUUAGACCAGGGGUCUCAAAUUUAAGUGCGAAAUAAAUCGAUACUGUAUAAUAAAUACAACAUGUUCAUAUUUGAGACCAGGCUGAGAAGCCCUGAAUGCUUACCUAACACAAGAACAGUUCACAUUAGAUUAUGUGACGUCAAGCGUCGUUGUUCACUCGCAUUUAUCAAAUUUAUCAGAACUCUCCAUUGAAUUCAGAUGUCCUUACAUUAUUUAGUACUUACCCUAUUUAGUACUUACACGAUUAAGUACUUGCACUAUUUAGUACUUACACUAUUUAAUACUUACCCUAUUUAGUACCUACUCUAUUUAGUCCGUACACUAUUUAGUUAAAUGAAGCACAAUUUAAUCAGUCCGGCUAAUAAGUAUUUGGUAACCAAAAAUAUGACUGAGUGAUUUUAUUUCUUGUUGUCUUUCUCGAAAACUAACGGGAGAAGGAUGGAUACGCCCAUGAAGACGACAGGGAAAAUCCCACAGUUGUCCACUUAUUUCAAAUUUUUACUUGGCUCCGUUAAACAUUGGACAGCGAUUGUUAUUCCAUUGUAGCCUAAUUUUAAAUUCCUCAAUAGCUCUUGACGACGGUGGGUUAUCGCCUUUAUCUAUUCAGAAGCGAUCGUGAAGUACACGAUGGAAGAGACGCUAUUAUUACUGUCAAUAUUGAUAAGCCAAAAUAAUGAUUCCUGGGAGUGCGAUGAACAUUUCUAAAUGAUGGCCUCGGACACUGUUUAGACCACAAUGACAAUGAUCAAUGAUGUCGAAUGUAUGGCGCUUAAAUUUUUUGCUAGAAUCAGAGUCAAAGUCAUAAAAUAUUUCUGAUUUCUUGAUCUUGAAUUGGUCGCGUCAUUAAUUUAUUUUUCGACAUGAAUCUAUCAUAAUAUGCCACGAUUCAAAGAUGUAUGUCAGGUUUCUGGGACGUAUGUCAGGAUUCUGACACGUAUGUCAGGAUUCAAAGACGUAUGUCAGGAUUCUGGGACGUAAUGUCAGGAUUCAUAGGCGUAUGUCAGGAUGCAAAGACGAAUGUCAGGAUUCUGGCACGUAUGUCAGAAUUCAUAGACGUAUGUCAGGAUUCAAAGACGAAUGUCAGGAUUCUGGCACGUAUGUCAGGAUUCAUAGACGUAUGUCAGGAUUCAUAGACGUAUGUCAGGAUUCAUAGACAUUCAAAGACGUAUGUCAGGAUUAAGAAACGUAUGUCAGGAUUCAAAAACGUAUGUCAGGAUUCAAAAACGUAUGUCAGGAUUCAGAGACUUAUGUCAGGAUUCAUAGAAGUAUGUCAGGAUUCAUAGAGGUGUGUCAGGAUUCAGAGGCAUAUGUCAGGAUUCAAAGACUUAUGUAUUGAUUCAAAGAUAUUCAGAUGCGUAGAGAAGUGAGGCAGGCGGGACAGAUGUCCUCGGGCGCCAGCUAGUUAGGGGCGCAAAAUGUGCUUUGAUAUUAUUUUACUGAUAAAAAUAACGGGUUUGAGAGAUGAAAAAAGAAAAGGGGGUGCUUUUAAAUGAAUCUUAUCCCUGGGGGCAAAUCUUGUCCCGGGGCGCCAAACACUCUCGCUACGCCUCUGAAGACAUUCAAAGACGUAUGUCAGGAUUCAUAGACGUGUCUAACAUGUUAGGACCUGGGUAAACGAAAAUAUCAUGUGAGGCUUAAGUCAUAGAUCUGAGGCUGUAGUCAUAGAUCUGAGGCUGUAGUCAUAGAUCUGAGGCUGUAGUCAUAGAACUGAUGCUGUAGUCAUAGAACUGAUGCUGUAGUCAUUGAACUAAGGCUUUAGUAAUUGAAUAGAUGCUUAAGUCAUAGAUCUGAGGCUUUAGCCAUAGAACUGAGGCUGUAGUCAUUGAUCUGAGGCUGCAGUCAUUGAUCUGAGGCUGCAGUCAUAGAACUGAGGCUCAGGUCAUAGAACUGGGACUGUAGUCAUAUAACUGAGACUGUAGUCAUAGAAAUGAAGCUGUAGUCAUAGAAUUGAGACUGUAGUCAUAGAACUGAGCCUUAAAUCAUAGAACUGAGACUGUAGUCAUGUAACUCUUUUUGUAAGAUCACAUUUGAUUAAUGUAAUAGAAUGUAACCACAAGUGAGAGUGUUUUCAAAGACACUGUUUUUCACCCAUUUAUCACAAUAUUUAUAGGAUGUUACACGAACUAACCAAUGCUGUCUUUUACCAUGGUAAGUGGAUAUAUUCUGAUUAGUCCAUCUACAUCACGGCAAGCAGCCUCUGAGCGUAUAUCUCCUUCUCUUGCAUUUUGAUAUUCUGUACGACAUAUGUAUGUGGGGAGUAGCGUGGGAGAAUGAUUCGUGCAACCUCAAUGUCUUUUAUGUAGAAUCACGUAGACGUCUCCUUCUGUGUGGUACAGUUUAGACACCAGUCAUCAUCUUUGGGAUCAUUGCUCCCCUACACAGGAGCGGCUCAAUGUACCGGCAACUCGGGUAGUUCCCUGGGGCGCCAUGUGCUUAGGGCGCCAUGUGCUUAGGGUACCAUGUGCUUAGGGCACCAAGUGGUUAGGGCACCAUGUGCAUGGGGCACAGACGUUAACAACAUUCGGCUUUAGAUGUUGGUUGUCUGGGUUGAAUUGUUGUGUAAAGCUUAUAACUAAUCCAACUCUGUAACCUACAGGCGCAUGGCUUCCCAAUAACGCGUAGACAGUGACGCAAUAUCUCUUCUAUUUCUACCCGUGGUAACACUGGGUCAUAUGUUCUACAAUGUCUAUUUAUAGAUCUAAAUAUAUAUAUAUAUAUAUAUACUAAACUAAAUUUAGUCAUAUAUAAGAUAUAUGUGCGUAUAUGUUUGCGUGUAUCAAAGAUGUACAAAUAGUGUAGGCCUAUGUAUAACUUGUGAUGACGAUUGUAAUUGUAGACAACGCAAAAGGGAGGAGAGACAGAUUUUUUCAACAUUAAUGGUAGCCGGGAACUGCUGUGUCGGUAUAGCAUUGAUUGUAGAUGUAUUAGUUUGGCUGGAAACAAAUUUGAGGCGAGCCAAGCAGGCAACUUAUUUAUUGAUUUACCAACAAAAAGGGAACACUUUGGGCCCCGUUCGUGACGUCAAAUAAUCCCCCCCUCCCACUCCAUCUCCCCUCUCCUUUAUAAUUCAACCGGAUUUUUCAGAUCCUACUGUUUGUCAUUAACCCGUCUCUCGCGUAUUGAUUAAAGCCCCCACCCUCCUCCCCUCCCCCUCACCCUCCUGCUCUUUAUUGGCCAAAUCUGAUAGCCAGCUAUAGAUUGAUGACGUGGGGUCCUCGAUAAAUUGGUCGGGUUUAGAGGGUAGCUGUCUCUGAGUAGCUGUCUCUUUUACAUGGACAGCGUUCAUGAAUGGGAAGAUGGGUGUAAAUGCUCCGUUAUAGCUACACGCUAGCUACAAGCAUCCUACACGCUAGCUACAAGCAACCUACACGCUAGCAACAAGCAAUCUUAUUUAGUAGAGUUGCUGAUGUGGUUUGGUAAUAACAUACUGUGUAACACAGAUUUGAAGGGGAAAACUUCACACAUAAAUCUCGGGUCUCUUUACAUUAUACACUGGUUAACGUUAACCAUUUGGGUGACGUUAAAUUUGCUUGCUCAUCUGUUUCAUGGGACUGCUGUGGUGAUCUAGCCUCUUGUUGGGGUAAAGGACCUCUUGCUCUGGUGAUCUGAUCUCCUGCAAUGAUGAUCUGACCCUAUGCUGUGAUGAUCUGACCUCUUGAUGGGAUAUAUGACAUCUUGCUAUUGUAAUCUGACCUCUUGUUGGGUCGAUCUGACCUCUUGCUGUGGUGAUCUGACCUCUUGUUGUGGUGAUCUUACCCCCUGCUGUGAUGAUCUGACCUCGUGCUGUGGUGAUCUGACCUCUUGUUGUGGUGAUCUGACCUUUUGCUGUGGUGAUCUGGCCUCUUGAUGUGGUGAUCUGACCUCUUGCUGUGCUGAUCUGACCUCUUUUUAUGGUGAUCUGACCUCUUGCUGUUGUGAUCUGACCUCUUGAUGGGGUGAUCUGACCUCCUGAUGGGGUGAUUUGACCUCUUGCUGGGGGUGAUCUAACCUCUUGCUGUGGUGAUCUGACCUCGCAUAGGGUAUAAAAUUUCAACUUUGUGUUACCGCUGCUUACAUGACCUGGCGCCGUCCUAUCUCAAAGCACUCAUGACGCCUUAUGUACCCAAACGACAGCUCCGCUCAUCCAAAAAAGGCAAGAUAUCGAUACCGCGUGUUCGCCUUGAGACCUACGGAAAGCGCACUUUUGCAUUUGCCAGCCCAACAAUUUGGAACGCCCUUCCAGUCGCUCUCAGAAACAGCCAGACACCAGAGUCCUUUAAAACUAAUCUAUUUCGCGAACACCUUCUUGAGUGAUAUUGACUACCAUCUUUUUCCCCUUAAAGUAUUUGGCUUGUGUGGUUUAAAUGGGAUGAAAGACACUGACUGGGUAUGCUCGUAUGUAGUUGUUUUUUUUAGUGUUGUGUUUGUUUUUAAAUGUGGUAAAUUAUAGAUUGUUUUCAUCUCUCUUUUUAAUAUGGUUGACUUUGUACAACGCUUCGAGCUUUUGAGGAUGAAGCGUGUUUUUCAAAUAAACUUUAUUAUUAUUAUUAUUGCUGUGGUGAUCUGACAUCACGGGGUUUGAUAUUCUUCAUCUAGUUCAUCGUCUGGACGUGAUGGUGUAAUGUGUACUAACACAAAUUUUUGUAAUGUGUACCAACACAAAUGUUUGUAUUUUGCGCUAACGCAGUUUGUACUGUGUACCAACAAAAAAUUUUGUACUGUGUACCAACACAAAUGUUUGAACUGUGCACUAAUACAAAUUCAUAUUCGUUUGGAGGGCAGCAGAGUAUUAAGUAAAACAUUAUUGUUUUAAAAGAGAAGUAAUUUCAAAAGGGGCGCUAGAGCAUCUUAUAUAUAUGUUACGUAGUUUCAAUGGUUGUCUCUCUAAGCGUUAGUUCCAGACAUACAAUGGCAAUAACGUUAUAAGAUGAAGCAACAUUAUGAAUACACUGGUCGUUGAAACAUGUCAGUUUUUGUUUGUUUGAUAUUUUGUUUUGUUGCUCGGAUGUGUAAUGUAGAUAAUAGAGUAUAGAGUGAGAUAAUAAGUGAGGUAACUUGGCGAGACAGUUAAAAGAGGCAGUUUGGUGAGAUAGUUAAAUGAGAUAUCUGGGCGAGGCAGUUGAGCGAGUAACUUUGGAAGGUAGAUGUAAAGUAGGGGUGAAGUAGAUUUGAAGUAGAUGUGAAGUAGAUUUGAAGCAGAUGUUAAGUAGAUUUGAAGUAGAUGUGAAGUAGAUUUGAAGUAGAUGUGAAAUAGGUGUGAAGCAGAUUUGAAGUAGAUUUGAAAUAGAUGUUAAGUAGAUUUGAAGUAGAUGUGAAAAAGGUGUGAAGUAGAUUUGAAGUAGAUGUGAAGUUAUUUGAAGUACGUGUAAAGUAGAUUUGAAGUAGAUGUGAAGUUAUUUGAAGUACGUGUAAAGUAGAUUUGAAGUAGAUAGGAAGUAGAUUUGAAGUAGAUGUGAAGUAGAUUUGAAAUUGAAGUGAAGUAGAUUUGAAGUAGAUGUGAAGUAGAUUUGAAGUAGAUUUAAAAUUGAUGUGAAGUAGAUUUGAAGUAGAUUUGAAGUUGAUUUAAAAUUGAUGUGAAUUAGAUUUGAAGUAGAUGUGAAGUAGAUUUGAAGUAGAUGUGAAGUAGAUUUGAAGUAGAUUUAAAAUUGAUGUGAAGUAGAUUUGAAGUAGAUGUGAAGUAGAUUUGAAGUAGAUGUGAAGUAGAAGUGAAGUAGAUUUGAAGUAGAUUUAAAAUUGAUGUGCAGUAGAUUUGAAGUAGAUGUGAAGUAGAUUUGAAGUAGAUUUGAAGUAGCUUUGAAGUAGAUUUGAAGUAGAGUUGAAGUAGAUUUGAAGUAGAUUUGAAGUAGAUUUGAAGUAGAUUUGAAGUAGAUGUGAAGUAGAGUUGAAGUAGAGUUGACGUAGAUUUGAAGUAGAUGUGAAGUAGAUUUGAAGUAAAUUUGAAGUAGAUGUGAAGUAGAUUUGAAGUAGAUUUGAAGUAGCUUUGAAGUAGAUUUGAAGUAGAGUUGAAGUAGAUUUGAAGUAGAUGUGAAGUAGAUUUGAAGUAGAUGUGAAGUAGAGUUGAAGUAGAUGUGAAGUAGAUUUGAAAUUGAUGUGAAGUAGAUUUGAAGUAAAUUUGAAGUAGAUGUGAAGUAGAUUUGAAGUAGAUGUAAAGUAGAUAUGGAGUAGAUGUAAGGUAGAUGUAAGGUAGAUGUAAGUUAGAUGUAAGGUAGAUGUAAGGUAGAUGUAAGGUAGAUGGGAAGUAGAUGUGAAGUAGAUAUGAGGUAGAUAUAAACCGGGUGUCAUACGUCGAUAGAUUUUAACAACAUACUUGUGUAUUUUUUUCCAUCCAGUUUAAAAUCCUGAAUUAAAAUUAUGAUUUUUUUUUAAAUUUUAUGUUUCCACGAGGCAUGUAAUUUACAGAGAGAUUGGAUGGUAUGACCUUUGAACUUUUAAAAUUUAAUCUCGAAAGCCGUGUAUCUAAUGAAUAUAAAAGAUGCAUUAAGUCAUUUCAUGAUCAAGUGUCCACAAGUCAGAACGUCACAAUAACUUGCGCCAUGAAAUAUUAAUGCACAGCCAGCUUUGUUACAAGUUUGAAUCAGUAACACAAGACUUGCAACACGCUCUGAAAAGGUCAGUGAAACGCUUGCUUCAGCUUGUAGCUUGGAUCCUGGUUCCAGUCAGUGAAACGCUUGCUUCAGCUUGUAGCUUGGAUCCUGGUUCCAGUCAGUGAAACGCUUGCUUCAGCUUGUAGCUUGGAUCCUGGUUCCAAUCAGUGAAACGCUUGCUUCAGCUUGUAGCUUGGAUCCUGGUUCCAGUCAGUGAAACGCUUGCUUCAGCUUGUAGCUUGGAUCCUGGUUCCAGUCAGUGAAACGCUUGCUUCAGCUUGUAGCUUGGAUCCUGGUUCCAGUCAGUGAAACGCUUGCUUCAGCUUGUAGCUUGGAUCCUGGUUCCAGUCAGUGAAACGCUUGCUUCAGCUUGUAGCUUGGAUCCUGGUUCCAAUCAGUGAAACGCUUGCUUCAGCUUGUAGCUUGGAUCCUGGUUCCAGUCAGUGAAACGCUUGCUUCAGCUUGUAGCUUGGAUCCUGGUUCCAGUCAGUGAAACGCUUGCUUCAGCUUGUAGCUUGGAUCCUGGUUCCAAUCAGUGAAACGCUUGCUUCAGCUUGUAGCUUGGAUCCUGGUUCCAGUCAGUGAAACGCUUGCUUCAGCUUGUAGCUUGGAUCCUGGUUCCAGUCAGUGAAACGCUUGCUUCAGCUUGUAGCUUGGAUCCUGGUUCCAGUCAGUGAAACGCUUGCUUCAGCUUGUAGCUUGGAUCCUGGUUCCAGGCGGGCAGUGAGUGAAUCUUGUCUCAAAAUCGAUUUGAGUGAUCGAUAGUUGGAAGCCUGGAGACGCGCCUCUCAUGGUUUUGUUGAACAUGGCGCUCAUUUCUGACUGCGUUUGUCAUGUGUGAAUGGGUCACUUUAUGAGAGCAGGUCACUUUAUGAGAGCAGGUGAGAUUAUGAGAGCAGUUUGCAUUAUGAGACCAUGUCACUUUAUGAAAGCAGGACACUUUACGAGAGCAGGUCACAUUACGAGACCAGGUCACUUUAUGAGAGCAGGUCACAUUAUGAGAGCAGGUCACUUUAUGAGAGCAGGUCACAUUAUGAGAGCAGAUCACAUUAUGAGAGCAGGUCACAUUAUGAAAGCAGGUCACUUUAUGAGAGUAGGUCACAUUAUGAGAGCAGGUCACAUUAUGAGACCAGGUCACUUUAUGAGAGCAGGUCACUUUAUAAAAAUUUGAUUUCCAUCCAACAUUAAACUUCCAUCCAACAUUUGACUUCCAUCCAACAUUUGAAACUUCCAUCCAACAUUUGACUUCCAUCCAACAUUUGACUUCCAUCCAACAUUUGACUUCCAUCCAAAAUUUUAUUUCCAUACAACAUUUGACUUCCAUUCAACUUUUGACUUCCAUACAACAUUUGACUUCCAUCCAACAUUUGCUGACUUCCAUCCAAAAUUGGAUUUCCAUCCAACAUUUGAAUUCCUUCCAACAUUUGACUUUCAUCCAACAUUUGACUUCCAUCCAAAAUUUGAUUUCCAUCCAAUAUUUGAUUUCCAUACAAUAUUUGACUUCCAUACAACAUUUUACUUCGAUCCAAAAUUUGAUUUCCAUCCAAUAUUUGAUUUCCAUCCAACAUUUGAAUUCCUUCCAACAUUUGACUUUCAUCCAACAUUUGACUUCCAUCCAAUAUUUGAUUUCCAUACAACAUUUGACUUCCAUACAACAUUUGACUUCCAUCCAACAUUUGACUUCCAUACAACAUUUGACUUCCAUCCAACAUUUGACUUCCAUCCAACAUUUGACUUCCAUCCAACAUUUGACUUCCAUACAACAUUUGACUUCCAUACAACAUUUGACUUCCAUCCAACAUUUGACUUCCAUCCAACAUUUGACUUCCAUCCAACAUUUGACUUCCAUCCAACAUUUGACUUCCAUCCAACAUUUGACUUCCAUCCAACAUUUGACUUCCAUCCAACAUUUGACUUCCAUACAACAUUUGACUUCCAUCCAACAUUUGACUUCCAUCCAACAUUUGACUUCCAUCCAACAUUUGACUUCCAUCCAACAUUUGACUUCCAUCCAACAUUUGACUUCCAUCCAACAUUUGACUUCCAUACAACAUUUGACUUCCAUACAACAUUUGACUUCCAUACAACAUUUGACUUCCAUCCAUACAACAUUUGACUUCCAUACAACAUUUGACUUCCAUACAACAUUUGACUUCCAUACAACAUUUGACUUCCAUACAACAUUUGACUUCCAUCCAACAUUUGACUUCCAUACAACAUUUGACUUCCAUCCAAAAUUUGACUUUUAUACAACAUUUGACUUCCAUCCAAAAUUUGACUUCCAUACAACAUUUGUCUUCCAUCCAACAUUUGACUUCCACCCAACAUUUGACUUCCAUCCAACAUUUCACUUCCAUCCAACAUUUCACUUCCAUACAACAUUUCACUUCCAUACAACAUUUGACUUCCAUACAACAUUUGACUUCCAUACAAUCUUUGACUUCCAUACAUUUGACUUCCAUCCAACAUUUGACUUCCAUACAACAUUUGACUUCCAUACAACAUUUGACUUCCAUACAACAUUUGACUUCCAUCCAACAUUUGACUUCCAUCCAACAUUUGACUUCCAUACAACAUUUGACUUCCAUACAACAUUUGACUUCCAUACAACAUUUGACUUCCAUACAACAUUUGACUUCCAUCCAACAUUUGACUUCCAUCCAACAUUUGACUUUCAUCCAACAUUUGACUUCCAUCCAACAUUUGACUUCCAUACAACAUUUGACUUCCAUACAACAUUUGACUUCCAUACAACAUUUGACUUCCAUACAACAUUUGACUUCCAUACAACAUUUGACUUCCAUACAACAUUUGACUUCCAUACAACAUUUGACUUCCAUACAACAUUUGACUUCCAUACAACAUUUGACUUCCAUACAACAUUUGACUUCCAUACAACAUUUGACUUCCAUACAACAUUUGACUUCCAUACAACAUUUGACUUCCAUACAACAUUUGACUUCCAUACAACAUUUGACUUCCAUACAACAUUUGACUUCCAUACAACAUUUGACUUCCAUACAACAUUUGACUUCCAUACAACAUUUGACUUCCAUACAACAUUUGACUUCCAUACAACAUUUGACUUCCAUACAACAUUUGACUUCCAUACAACAUUUGACUUCCAUACAACAUUUGACUUCCAUACAACAUUUGACUUCCAUACAACAUUUGACUUCCAUACAACAUUUGACUUCCAUACAACAUUUGACUUCCAUACAACAUUUGACUUCCAUACAACAUUUGACUUCCAUACAACAUUUGACUUCCAUACAACAUUUGACUUCCAUACAACAUUUGACUUCCAUACAACAUUUGACUUCCAUACAACAUUUGACUUCCAUACAACAUUUGACUUCCAUACAACAUUUGACUUCCAUACAACAUUUGACUUCCAUACAACAUUUGACUUCCAUACAACAUUUGACUUCCAUACAACAUUUGACUUCCAUACAACAUUUGACUUCCAUACAACAUUUGACUUCCAUCCAACAUUUGACUUCCAUACAACAUUUGACUUCCAUCCAACAUUUGACUUCCAUCCAACAUUUGACUUCCAUCCAACAUUUGACUUCCAUACAACAUUUGACUUCCAUACAACAUUUGACUUCCAUCCAAAAUUUGACUUCCAUCCAACAUUUGACUUCCAUCCAAUAUUUGACUUCCAUCCAACAUUUGACUUCCAUACAACAUUUGACUUCCAUACAACAUUUGACUUCCAUACAACAUUUGACUUCCAUACAAUAUUUGACUUCCAUACAACAUUUGACUUCCAUACAACAUUUGACUUCCAUCCAACAUUUGACUUCCAUACAACAUUUGACUUCCAUCCAACAUUUGACUUCCAUACAACAUUUGACUUCCAUACAACAUUUGACUUCCAUACAACAUUUGACUUCCAUACAACAUUUGACUUCCAUCCAACAUUUGACUUCCAUACAACAUUUGAUUGCAUCUGAUAGCGGUGUUUUUAUUAUCAUUAUUAUUUAUUAUAUCAGUCAGAUUUUCCUUAUAUAUAUGUAUCAGCUUCUUGUUAUAUGUAUCAGCUUCUUUUUAUACAAAUUAGCGUCUUGUUAUAUAGAUCAGACUCGUGUUAUAUAAAUCAGCUUCUUGUUAUAUAAAUUAGCUUCUUGUUCUAUAAAUUAGGUUCUUGUUAUAUAAAUCAACUUUUUGUUUUAUAAAUCAGCUUCUUGUUAUAUACACCAGCUUCUUGUUAUAUAAAUCAGCUUCUUGUUCAAUACACCAGCUUCUUGUUAUAUAAAUCAGCCUCUUGUUGUACAAAUCAGCUUCUUAUUUUAUAAAUCAGCUUCUUGUACGUCGAUGGUCCUGGAUACGAAGCACGUGUUCCUUUGUUUUGCAGUUUGCGUCUGUUUCAACUCUAGCUCUUGAAUCUCACUAAGAAAGUUGAUUUUUGUAUGCGACAUUAUUUUGUGUUGACAUCAUCAAAAGUACUAAAGAUAUUUGCUGGUCAAUCUUUGUUUCAAUCAUUUAUACAAUCACUUAGUCAUUUAUUUCCGGAUAAAAAUAAUUAGUCUCAUUGCAUUCAUAUUUUUAUAAUAAAAAAAAUAAUCUUCGUCUAUCUCCGCCAUUCUCCGUCUUUCUUCGUCUAUCCGUCAAUUUUCGCCUGCCUCCGUCUAUCUCCGUCUAUCUUCGCCUAUCUCCGAAUCUCCGUCUAUCUUCUGCUAUCUCUCUCUAUCUUCUACUAUCUCUGUCUGUAUUCGGAUAUUUCCGUCUAUCUUCUGAUAUAUCCAUCUAUCUUCUGCUAUCUCCGUCUAUCUUCUGCUAUCUUCGUCUAUCUUAUGCUAUCUCUGUCUAUCGUCUGCUAUCUCCGUCCAUCUUCGUCUAUCUCUGUCUAUCUUCUGCGGUCUCCGCCUAUCUUCAGCUAUUUCUGUCUAUCUUCUGCUAUCUCUGUCUAUCUUCUGCCAUCUCCGUCUAUCUUCGUAUAUCUCUGUUUUUCUUCUGCUGUCUCCGUCUAUCUUCGUCUAUCUCUGUCUAUCUUCUGCUGUCUCCGUCUAUCUUCUGCUAUCUCUGUCUAUCUUCUGCUAUCUCCGUCUAUCUUCAGCUAUCUCCUCUGUCUCCGUCUAUUUUCGUCUAUCUCCGGCUAUCCCCAUGGUUAAGACAAUCGUAUGCGCUAAAUCCUACUCUAGGUAACAUAAAUCAAGAAAACUUGCCCUAAUCUGCACUAUUGUAGCCCGACAAAUCUAUAUUUCAAUCUGUUGACUACGGGGAGAAGUUCUUAUGGAGGAGAUUAUUUAUCAAAUCGAUAAUGAUGUGGUGAGCGUGAUGCUCAAUGGCAGACGAGGUGUAGAUUCAACACAAGGUCAAGGACACAAGCGACAUAAGUCUUUGGGAUUCUGUUUUAGAUCGAUUAAGAUCAAACUAAAAAUAGAGAAAUGGUCUGUACAAACCAUACGCUUUAAAGUCAUCCAUUAUGGUGUACGUCUUUUGGUGGUAUAGAUUUGGAUAGGACAAGUGCUGCAUCUUCUGGUUGUGUACAUGGAUGGGACAAAUACUGCAUCUGUUGGUUCUGUAUAAGUGGAUUGGACGAUGAUUCUCCAUUUUAAAACAAUCAAUUAUGAUUUUUCAUGAACCAUUUGAUUGCAUGCAAUGCUAGAAUACUUCCAGUGUCCCCCAACACACACAUACAUUUUUUUUAAAAUAGAACGUGUCGUCAUUCUUCUGGCUUUCAUUGUGUUGUAUAGAUAUUGUUGGUUUUACCUUUUUCAACAAUAUAUAUAUAUAUUUGAAAUAAAAUAUGCCUUUGUCGGACUUACUUUUAUGGAUCGCUUUUCAUAAAAUAUUGGUUGAUAACACUGGUCGGGGUUUUUUUAAACUGACUCUAUUGUUUUGAAAAAUGUCAACCAGAUCCACGUCAUUAUGGAUACCAGCACUGUUGACAACGUUUAGGUGGAUUGAUAACUAUGUCAAUGUGGAUAGCAGAAAUGUUGAUAAUUAUGUCAACUUGAAUAGAAGAAGUCUUUUAGAUCCAUGCCAAUGUGGAUAGAAGUCUUGAAAUACAUGUCAGUGUGGAUAGAAGUCUUGAGAUCCAUAUCAAUGUGGAUAGAAGUCUUGAGAUCCAUGUCAGUGUGGAUAGAAGUCUUGAGAUCCAUGUCAGUGUGGAUAGAAGUCUUGAGAUCCAUGUCAGUGUGGAUAGAAGUCUUGAGAUCCAUGUCAGUGUGGAUAGAAGUCUUGAGGUCCAUGUCAGUGUAGAUAGAAGUCUUGAGAUCCAUGUCAGUGUGGAUAGAAGUCUUGAGAUCCAUGUCAAUGUGGAUAGAAGUCUUGAGAUACAUGUCAAUGUGGAUAGAAGUCUUGAGAUACAUGUCAGUGUGGAUAGAAGUCUUUAGGUCCAUGUCAGUGUGGAUGGAAGUCUUGAGAUCUAUGUCAAUGUAGAUGGAAGAAGUCUUGAGAUCCAUGUCAGUGUGGAUAGAAGUCUUGAGAUCCAUGUCAAUGUGGAUGGAAGAAGUCUUGAGAUCUAUGUCAAUGUGGAUGGAAGAAGUCUUAAGAUCCAUGUCAAUGUGGAUAGAAGUCUUGAGAUACAUGUCAGUGUGGAUAGAAGUCUUUAGGUCCAUGUCAGUGUGGAUGGAAGUCUUGAGAUCUAUGUCAAUGUAGAUGGAAGAAGUCUUGAGAUCCAUGUCAGUGUGGAUAGAAGUCUUGAGAUCCAUGUCAAUGUAGAUGGAAGAAGUCUUGAGAUCCAUGUCAAUGUAGAUGGAAGAAGUUUUGAGAUCCAUGUCAAUGUAGAUGGAAGAAGUCUUGAGAUCCAUGUCAAUGUAGAUGGAAGAAGUCUUGAGAUCCAUGUCAAUGUGGAUAGAAGUCUUGAGAUCCAUGUCAAUGUAGAUGGAAGAAGUCUUGAGAUCCAUGUCAAUGUAGAUGGAAGAAGUCUUGAGAUCCAUGUCAAUGUAGAUGGAAGAAGUCUUGAGAUCCAUGUCAAUGUAGAUGGAAGAAGUCUUGAGAUCCAUGUCAGUGUGGAUAGAAGUCUUGAGAUCCAUGUCAAUGUGGAUAGAAGUCUUGAGAUCCAUGUCAAUGUAGAUGGAAGAAGUCUUGAGAUCCAUGUCAAUGUAAAUGGAAGAAGUCUUGAGAUAAAUGUCAAUACGGAUGGAAGGAGUCUUGAGAUAAAUGUCAAUACGGAUGGAAGGAGUCUUGAUAUCCAUGUCAAUGUAGAUGGAAGAAGUCUUGAGAUCCAUGUCAGUGUGGACAGCGUAAACGAAGCGUCACUAGCCCGGAUGUUUCCCCAGCAACGUGCACGUCACCAGUGCCAUUUUCUGACCUCGUCCAAUUGUCAAAAUAACCGUCAUUAGCUGAGCUGAAUUCUCAGAGGAUGAGCUCCCUUGUACUUGCCCCCCUCCCCCCCCCCACCCUUUUUUUGUCGUCUGUGUGUCAGCGGAUUGAGCAUGACACGUUGCAGGGGUGAACAGGGCAGGGGGGGGGGAUUGGUCAUUGUAGAAUGUCAAUGUUAACAGCUGAUGGGAAUAUAGUAACAGUAUUAUGUUUGCCUGUAUGAUUAAUUCACUUAAUAAUAGUAUUAUGUUUGACUGUAAUGAUAAAUUCAUUUAGUGACAUUAUUAUGUUUGACAGUAUGAUACAUUCACUUAGUGAUAGUAUUAUGUUUGACAGUAUGAUACAUUCACUUAGUAACAGUAUAAUGUUUGACAGUAUGAUACAUUCACUUAGUGAUAGUAUUAUGUUUGACAGUAUGAUACAUUCACUUAGUAACAGUAUAAUGUUUGACAGUAUGAUACAUUCACUUAGUGAUAGUAUUAUGUUUGACAGUAUGAUACUUUCACUUAGUGACAGUAUUAUGUUUGACAAUAUGAUACAUUCACUUAGUGACAGUAUUAUGUUUGACAGUAUGAUACAUUCACUUUGUGACAGUAUUAUAUUUGACAGUAUGAUACAUUCACUUAGUGACAGUAUUAUGUUUAACAGUAUGAUGCAUUCACAUAGUGACAGUAUUAUGUUUGACAGUAUGAUGCAUUCACUUAGUGACAGUAUUAUGUUUGACAGUAUGAUACAUUCACAUAGUGACAGUAUUAUGUUUGACAGUAUGAUACAUUCACAUAGUGACAGUAUUAUGUUUAACAGUAUGAUACAUUCACAUAGUGACAGUAUUAUGUUUGACAGUAUGAUGCAUUCACUUAGUGACAGUAUUAUGUUUGACAGUAUGAUACAUUCACAUAGUGACAGUAUUAUGUUUGACAGUAUGAUACAUUCACAUAGUGACAGUAUUAUGUUUGACAGUAUGAUACAUUCACUUAGUGACAGUAUUAUGUUCGACAGUUUGCUACAUUCAGAUUGAGUUUGAUCAACUGUCUAGAAACAAGGCUCCGCCCUUCAUAUUUGGUUGGCUGGAAGACUUGAGUUAUCAGAAAUAGGUUUUGUUUUAAUUUCAACCAUGGACAACCGUCAAUGAAUAUUCCCAUUCAUUGAGACACCAUCUUAUUGUGUACCAAAUAUUCCCAUUCAUUGAGACACCAUCUUAUUGUGUACCAAAUAUUCCCAUUCAUUGAGACACCAUCUUAUUGUGUACCAAAUAUUCCCAUUCAUUGCGACACCAUCUUAUUGUGCACCAAAUAUUCCCAUUCAUUGAGACACCAUCUUAUUGUGUACCAAAUAUUCACAUACAUUGAGACACCAUCUUAUUGUGUACCAAAUAUUCCCAUUCAUUGAGACACCAUCUUAUUGUGUACCAAAUAUUCCCAUUCAUUGAGACACCAUCUUAUUGUGUACCAAAUAUUCCCAUUCAUUGCGACACCAUCUUAUUGUGUACCGAAUAUUCCCAUUAAUUGCGACACCAUCUUAUUGUGUACCGAAUAUUCCCAUUAAUUGAGACACCAUCUUAUUGUGUACCAAAUAUUCCCAUUCAUUGAGACACCAUCUUAUUGUGUACCAAUUUUUCCCAUUCAUUGAGACACCAUCUUAUUGUGUACCAAAUAUUCCCAUCAAUUAGACACCAUCUUAUUGUGUACCAAAUAUUCCCAUCUUUGAGACACCAUCUUAUUGUGUACCAAAAUAUUCCCAUUCAUUGAGACACCAUCUUAUUGUGUACCAAAUAUUCCCAUCAAUUAGACACCAUCUUAUUGUGUACCAAAUAUUCCCAUCAAUUAGACACCAUCUUAUUGUGCACCAAACAUUCCCAAUCAUUGAGACACCAUAUUAUAUUGCACCUACAUUUAUCUACAAUUCCACCCUUUAAUACUCAACUCUCUUUUUCAAAUCUCUCUAACACUCUCUUUUAACACUCUCUCUAACACUCUCUUUUACCACUCUCUCUAAAACUCUCACCCCUGACUCUUUAACUUUCUUAUGCCUCGUUGUUAACUUUCGUAUGUGUCAUUGUUAACUUUCCUAUGACUCGUUGUUAACUUUCCUAUGACUCGUUGUUAACUUUCAAAUGCCUCGUUGUAAACUUUCCUAUGCCUCGUUGUUAACUUUCUUAUGCCUCGUUGUUAACUUUCCUAUGUCUCAUUGUUAACCUUCUUAUGUCUCGUUGUUAACUUUCCAAUGCCUCGUUGUUAUCUUUCCUAUGCCUCGUUGUUAACUUUCCUAUGCCUCGUUAACUUUCUUAUGCCUCGUUGUUAACUUUCGUAUGCCUCGUUGUUAACUUUCUUAUGUCUCGUUGUUAACUUUCCUAUGUCUCAUUGUUAAGCUUCUUAUGUCUCGUUGUUAACUUUCCAAUGCCUCGUUGUUAACUUUCCUAUGCCUCGUUAACUUUCUUAUGCCUCGUUGUUAACUUUCUUAUGCCUCGUUGUUAACUUUCUUAUGCCUCGUUGUUAACUUUCUUAUGCCUUGUUUUUAAAUUUCUUAUGCCUCGUUGUUAACUUUAUUAUGCCUCAUUGUUAAUUUUCCUAUGUCUCGUUGUUAACUUUCCUAUGUCUCGUUGUUAACUUUCGUAUGCCUCUUUUUAACUUUCGUAUGCCUCGUUGUUAACUUUCUUAUGCCUCGUUGUUAACUUUCUUAUGCCUCGUUGUUAACUUCCCAAUGCCUCGUUGUUAACUUUCUUAUGUCUCGUUGCUAAUUUUCCUAUGCCCCGUUGUUAACUUUCCUAUGCCCCGUUGUUAAAUUUCCUAUACCUCUUUGUUAUCUUUCCUAUACUGCAUUGUUAACUUUCCUAUGUCUCGUUGUUAACUUUCCUAUACCUCGUUCUUAACUUUUCUAUGUCUCAUUGUUAACCUUCUUAUGUCUCGUUGUUAACUUUCUUAUGCAUCGUUGUUAACUUUCCUAUGCCUCGUUGUUAACUUUCCAAUGCCUCGUUGUUAAUUUUCCAAUGCCUCGGGUGUUAACUUUCCUAUACCUCGUUGUUAAGUUUCCUAUGUCUCAUUGUUAACCUUCUUAUGUCUCGUUGUUAACUUUCCUUUCCCUCGUUGUUAACUUUCCAAUGCCUCGUUGUUAACUUUCUUAUGCCUCAUUGUUAACUUUCUUAUGCCUCGUUGUUAACCUUCUUAUGCCUCAUUGUUAACUUUCCUAUGCCUCGUUGUUAACUUUCUUAUGCCUCUUUGUUAACUUUCUUAUGCCUCGUUGUUAACUUUCUUAUGCGUCGUUGUUAACUUUCUUAUGCCUCGUUGUUAAAUUUCUUAUGCCUCGUUGUUAACUUUCUUAUGCCUCGUUGUUUACUUUCUUAUGCCUCGUUGUUAACUUUCCUAUGUCUCGUUGUUAACUUUCCUAUGUCUCGUUGUUAACUUUCUUAUGCCUCGUUGUUAACGUUCCUAUGCCUCGUUGUUAACUUUCCUAUGCCUCGUUGUUAACUUUCUUAUGCCUCGUUGUUAACUUUCUUAUGCCUCGUUGUUAACUUUCUUAUGCCUCGUUGUUAAAUUUCUUAUGCCUCGUUGUUAAAUUUCUUAUGCCUUGUUAAAUUUCUUAUGCCUCGUUGUUAAUUUUCCUAUGUCUCGUUGUUAACUUUCCUAUGUCUCGUUGUUAACCUUCUCGUGGCUAAUUUUCUUAUGCCCCGUUUCCAUAGUCUACUUUGAAUCGUUCAGAUCUGAACGAUAACUGCCAUAUGGCAGUUUGGUGUGGACACGUGACUCUAACUCACGUGCGAGGCUGUCGACUUGUGUAAACACAGAGUUCAAAGGUUGAGGCUAAAUAAGGCUCACCCACCCCCCCCCCACCCCACCGUUUGCCGUACAUAAUGACAGAUAAGUUCCUAUAAUUACGAGGGCGUGCGUUAAGUGUUAGUAUUAAUAUGGCAGACGGGACUGGCUGUUUCUCAACAUACACCCACCCACCACCCAUUCUGUUGUACGGCUCACAUACUUUUUCCUCUUGUUCUUUUUCUACUUUUAGUAAGAAUUCCGUCCCCUUGAGUCCUUAUCAUCCAAUUGAUUAGCAUUAUUUUUUAACCUGUGUUUAUGUUUAGUUUUCGCUAAUAUUUAGUUACAGCAUGGAGUUAUGUACGUUUUUUAGCGACCCCCCUCUCUAUCUUGAAUAUUUACCGAGAUUUAUUUGUUGAUGACAAUUCUCCACACAUUACUUUCCUAUUCUCUCUCUGAACAUAAACCCAACACCAGUAUCUCUCUACAUACCCAUGUCUCCAAGAUCUUUUUAUUUGAAUUUCAAUUUGACCUUUAUUACAUCUUCCAUCUUUACCAAAUACAGUCAUCAAUAAAGUCUGUCACGUUAAAUUACCCCCUGCCGCUAACACACAUCUUUACCAAAUACAGCCAUCAAUAAAGUCUGUCAGGUUAAAUUACCCCCUGCCACUAACACACACAGACACACACAGGCACACACAGACACACACACACAUUUUCCCCAUUUGACACCUGCACUUUCCUUGGAUAUGGAUGAUAUUUGAAAUAAUACACACUCACACUAAAACAGUGCAAAGUCUAUCCAUCAUAUUGCUUCCUGAAGUUGUAUUUCUACUUAAAGUUGAUUCUCUAUGUUGCUAAGAUGGUUGUUACGAUGAUUGUCUCGGUAGCUAAGAUCAUUGUCUCGGUUGCUAAGAUGAUUGUAUCGGUUGCUAAGAUCAUUGUCUCGAUUGCUUAGAUCUUCGUCUCGGUCUCUAAGAUCAUUGUUUAAAGAUAAGAUAUCAACGAUUAUUUUAAAGUUUAAUAAACAAUAAAUGUUACGUAAACGUAAUGACAUUGUUAAUAAACCUGCUGUUAAAGGAAGCUGUUGUAGUGAUUAAACCUGAUGAUAAAGAAGUUUGUUGUCGUAGUGAUUCAACCUCCUGUUAAAGGGGGCUGUUGUAGUGAUUUAACCUGAUGAUAAAGGUGCUGCUGUCGUAGUUUGGAACAAAAGCUGAUACAUUGAAAAAGCUGAUACAUUGAAAAAGCUGAUACAGUGAAAAAGCCAAUGAGCAAUUAGAGGAUACACCAUUCUAUACGCCCACCAAGAAUGACACGAGUGUCCACAACGAUGACACGAGUGUCCACAACAAUGACACGAGUGUCCAUAAUGACACGAGUGUCCACAAUGACACGAGUGUCCACCACAAUGACACGAGUGUCCACCACAAUGACACGAGUGUCCACAACAAUGACACGAGUGUCCACAACUUUGACACGAGUGUCCACAACAAUGAAACUUUGCGACGAACAAUAGAACAACUCAUGGACGAAUCAACACUUCCAGAAUCGGCUUCUACUCUACACAUAUUCAAUAGUGACCUGUUCAAACCUUCCUUCUAUUACUACCGAAGUCUACAUAUAUUCAAUAGUGACCUGGUCAAACCUUCCUUCUAUUACUACCGAAGUCUACAUAUAUUCAAUAGUGACCUGGUCAAACCUUCCUUCUAUUUACUACCGUAGUCUACAUAUAUUCAAUAGUGACCUGGUCAAACCUUCCUUCUAUUACUACCGAAGUCUACAUAUAUUCAAUAGUGACCUGGUUAAACCUUCCUUCUAUUACUGACGAAGUCUACAUAUAUUCAAUAGUGACCUGGUCAAACCUUCCUUCUAUUACUACUGAAGUCUACAUAUAUUCAAUAGUGACCUGGUCGAACCUUCCUUCUAUUUACUACCGAAGUCUACAUAUAUUCAAUAGUGACCUGGUCGAACCUUCCUUCUAUUACUACCGAAGUCUACAUAUAUUCAAUAGUGACCUGUUCAAACCUUCCUUCUAUUACUACCGAAGUCUACAUAUAUUCAAUAGUGACCUGGUCAAACCUUCCUUCUAUUACUACCGAAGUCUACAUAUAUUCAAUAGUGACCUGUUCAAACCUUCCUUCUAUUACUACCGAAGUCUACAUAUAUUCAAUAGUGACCUGGUCAAACCUUCCUUCUAUUACUACCGAAGUCUAUAUAUAUUCAAUAGUGACCUGGUCAAACCUUCCUUCUAUUUACUACCGAAGUCUACAUAUAUUCAAUAGUGACCUGGUCAAACCUUCCUUCUAUUUACUACCGAAGUCUACACAUAUUCAAUAGUGACCUGUUCAAACCUUCCUUCUAUUUGCUACCGAAGUCUACAUAUAUUCAAUAGUGACCUGUUCAAACCUUCCUUCUAUUUACUACCGAAGUCUACAUAUAUUCAAUAGUGACCUGGUCAAACCUUCCUUCUAUUUACUACCGAAGUCUACAUAUAUUCAAUAGUGACCUGUUCAAACCUUCCUUCUAUUACUACCGAAGUCUACAUAUAUUCAAUAGUGACCUGGUCAAACCUUCCUUCUAUUACUACCGAAGUCUACAUAUAUUCAAUAGUGACCUGGUCAAACCUUCCUUCUAUUACUACCGAAGUCUACAUAUAUUCAAUAGUGACCUGGUCAAACCUUCCUUCUAUUACUACCGAAGUCUACAUAUAUUCAAUAGUGACCUGGUCAAACCUUCCUUCUAUUUGCUACCGAAGUCUACACAUAUUCAAUAGCGAACAUGGCAAACCUUCUUUCUAUUUACUACCGACGUCUACACAUAUUAUUCAAUAGUGACCUUGACAAACCUUCCUUCUCUUUGCUACCGAAGUCUACCUAUAUUCCAUAGUGACCUUGACAAACCUUCCUUCUCUUUGCUACCGAAGUCUACCUAUAUUCCAUAGUGACCUUGACAAACCUUCCUUCUAUUUGCUACCGAAGUCUACACAUAUUCAAUAGUGACCUUUGCAAACCUUCUUUCUAUUUCCUCCAGAUUGAAGACUUAAAAAAAAUUAAUCCAGGUUUUUGGCACCAUAUCUCCAUAUGGAAUUAAUCAUAUUACUCAUGAUCAUCAAAGUUCGUUAUACUUCUUUUGUCAUAUUAUGUAUGUUUGUAAUGCAUUUUUGUCGGUUAAAAACUAUAAUUUUACAUUAAUGACACCAAAAUUCGUUGCAUUCCAGCAAUCUUCUGGAUAGUACACUUGUCUCAGUAUUUGGACAACCUAACUUCCGUCAAUAAUAACUUCCGCUUCCACCAUCUCCUUCCAACAUGGCGAACAUCUGACGUUUACGUGUUUAAACUCAUUUCUAUUUCAUUAUUUUUGUCUCGUCUGAUGAAGAAAGCUUUAAGCCGAAACGAACUCCUUUUCUUGUCUUUUCUUGUCUUUUCUUGUCUUUUCUUGUUUCAUUUCCACUAUUUCUAUUUAGAGUUUAGACUGUCGACCAAUGUUUCUUUCAGCCAAUGGGCUCCGGCAAAAGGGGGGGGGAGAUGUUCGGUUGGGCAGUGACAGUUGCUAACAAAGAGCGGGAUNAUGGAGGGACGUUAGUGUUACACAUAUGGCGGAUUUAAUGGGAUUAGGGUCAGACGUUCACUACUGCGAGGCAGGUCCACUGUUUUCUCAAGCUCCACCACCUGGUGCAUGAACGAGGAUCGCUUUAGUCUCCUGCCUGCCACCUGAUUUGUAAUGGUUAUACUACGGCCAAGAUCUCUACAGCAGCUGUGGAGUUAGGUCAACAAUGCAGACACAAAUCUGGCGGGGAGGGGAGGGGGGUUAAUUUUAUCUUGCGGCAGCCUUUUCCUUAGAUUUUUUUAUAGUUGAAGGGGGCGAAAAAAUCUUGACCUGCCCAGAGUGGCAUUUGUUCUAACCACUCCACUUGGCGAACAUGAUCACCUAUAACUCCACCCCUUUCACCCAAUACAAACUAAAUUAAUUUUAGUUGACCGUAUACUUUAGGUCCCAGCUAAGUUUUACCCAUUAAAUCUAUCCAGCAUAACAGCUAUCUAGCCUAGGUAUCCAGCACAAGAUUAAAUGAAAAUAAUAAACGAAGUGGCUAUUCGCACCCUGGUACCAGAAGUGAGAGGUUGGGAUUAAAAAAAACAAUUAAAAAUAUUAUUGUUGGGUUUGUAAGACAAAAAUGAGGUAUCGGAUGAAACCUCUCACUCCUGGUAACCGGGUACGAAUAGUCGCAGCCAAUAAUAAAUGUUCAGUGUCGAAACUGCUCAUAAUGACUAACAAUCCAGUGUCGUUGUCUUGUUGUAAAAGUACCACACUGACGUUUUGUGUAGCGCAUGCGGGUUGAAAGAGAGGGCGGCGAUGGCUACCGAGCAAAGACUGGGGGAAUCAGGGGAGGGGGCUUACAUCCAAAAUGAACGGGUGCGAUACCUGAUCAUAAUUGUUUCUUUCAGAAAAAUCGAUCCAGGAAAGGGGGGGGGGGAUAACAUCUAUCAACGUGCAAAUGGGCAUUUUGGCACCCAGUGUCAAGUGGGUGUCAUACAUGACCUGAAUUCAAUGCGUCUCAGGGUUGUUGUUUUUUUGUUGUUUUUUUUUUCUUGUUCCCAGUUUAGUUUCCCCAUGCCUAGAUUAUACAAUGAACACCCUGACCUAUUUUCAAAAGUUGCUCUUUAUGGUCAUGAUGUAUAGACUUUUUAUAGCGAUGGAAAAAUAGUUUAAUUUGGUACAGUUCAGAGUACAACUCAGAGUAUAUACCACACUUUGCCACAUAAUGUAAGUCUUUAAACAAGGUACUUUUCUCCCUCCACCCCAAAAAAAAAAAAAUAUUAUAAUUAUUCUGGUUUUAAAAAAUAUAUGCUAACAACAUCAAAUAUAUUUAGCAUAGUGCUUUAUCAUUGGUGACCUCAUUUAUCUCAUUUGAAUAGGUUCAAGGCAAAGGGAAACUUUUUUUUUUAUUGUUAUAAAAAUGAUAAUAUUGAUGUCAGAAUGAUAUUUUUAGCUUUAUUUUCGGAAUGUUCCGUCUCCGGGGCUGGGGUGGGCAGCUGACUUGUAGCAACCAAUAAUAAACAAGAAAACACCGAUAUCAUUAAAGAACGGAAGUAGUGGUGUGGCUUACAGUAGGGGGCCGCUGAUUGGUGGAUAGAAACACUACAGGCGGCCAGCUGUCCACAAUAAGAAAUACUUUUUAAAGGGUCGUUCGCUAAUUACGUCACGCCAAACAGGACAUUUUCAGACCCCCCCUUCCACCCUGUCACAAAGUGUCACAAAUUCUUUAUCGCCCGCCCCCUCCCCUUUUAGUGUCACGUCACACCUAAAAAAAUUUCAAAACAUAAAUAAAAUGUUCAUAACUAAACUGAGAUAAUAUUUUAUUCGUUAACAUUUCCCCACAAUGGAUUAGGAUGCUGUGUUAUUAGAAAACUGUGACGUAAAACAGCGAAGUCCUCCCCAAGCCGAAUGUAAAAUGGCCACAACAGUUUUUGCGUCAUUUUUCGAUGUGUGCAGAAAUUGUGCGCGACCGAGUUUCAUGGUACUUACAAUAUCUGAGGCAAUGUCGAACUCAAUUUUAAUGUUUUUUUUUAAAUUACUUGAAUACAGAUUUUUCAAAAUUAGAAUUUUUUUUUUUAAAAUGGGACGUAACACAUUUUUACCCCCCCCCCCUGUCACAGAGUGUUACAAAUUUUUUUAAAUUACUUGAAUACAGAUUUUUCAAAAUUAGAAUUUUUUUUUUUAAAAUGGGACUAAACACAUUUUUACCCCCCCCCCCUGUCACAGAGUGUUACAAAUUCUCGAACCCUCCCCCCCCCCCUAAGUGUGGCGCAACUAGUGAGCGAACCCUAAUAUAUUUUAGCUUGAACCCAUAAAAAUAAUUAAAUAUUGUUGUUUUUAAAUUAAAAAAACUGUAUUAUAGUACAUUUCAUUUUAAUUAAUUUUUGUUUUUUUUGUUUAACAAAAAUUAUUUCCCAUACAAAAUUAAAUUGGGCCUCACACUGUGACUCACAAUGGGUCUCACACCAUUCAAAUCAAAGAACCGCUUGCGUACUUUGGUUUACAAAUAUGUUGCCAUGAAACAAUGCAAAGAUGGCAACAAAAUAUGCUGAGGACGCAUGCGCCAGAACAUUGUAAUUAACGUGAUGAUUCCAAAUACCAAGUUGUCGUGUGUGAGUGUAUGUGUGUGUGGGGGUGUGGGUGCGUGGGAUUUUGAGCACGUGUCUCAGAGUCUCGUGACAGUUUGUAAAACGACAAGAACACGUGAUCCUUGUGCCGGAUGGAAUGAACACGUGAUCCUUGUGUCGUGUGACAUGAACACAUGUAUCGUAGACAGGGAGUGCAAUGGCGAUACUACGGGCUCUGUGACAAAACAGAUGGUGCUACGUUAGAAACGUGGAAAAGUUGAUAAAAUAGAUGGCGCUACGUUAGAAGUAUGUCAGAUGCUCUGGAAGCGCUUGAAGGGACAGUCAGCAUUGGUGGCAGAAUAAUCACCAACCUAAGCUUUGCGGACGACAUAGACGGACUGGCUAGUUGCGAAGAAGAGCUAGCCAACCUGGUAAAGCGUCUCGAUAAGACCUCGUCGUCCUACGGCAUGCUAAUCAGUGCUGAAAAGACAAAACUGAUGACAAAUAAUACCACAGGCAUCACCACUGAAAUUAAGGUCGGGGAGGUAAGACUUAGAGACUGUAGGUCGCUUCAAAUACCUUGGAGCAAUAGUCUCAGAAGAAGUUUCCAAACCCGAACUGAUGUCCAGGAUUGCGCAGACUACAACAACACUAAAGAGGCUCAAGAAAAUAUGGAAUGACAAAAAUAUAGCCUCCAGCACCAAAAUCAGGCUGAUGCGCUCAUAAGUCCUCUCCAUUUUCCUGUAUGCCUGCGAAUCCUGGACAUUAACAUCCGAUCUUGAAAGGAAAAUAAAGGCGAUGGAGAUGAGAUGCUUCAGAAGCAUUUUUGGCAUCUGCUAUAGGGACCAUAUCUCCAAUGAUACAGUGAAAGAAAGGGUUCGCCUGGCAAUUGGGGAGUACGAUGACCUCCUGGUGACUGUGAAAAAACGCAAAUUACAAUGGUACGGCCACGUAACAAGGAAACAAGGGCUUGCCAAAGAAAUAUUGCAUGGCACCACAAGAGGAGGGAGAAGAAGGGGAAGACAAAGAAAAAGAUGGGAGGAAAACAUCAAAGAGUGGACAGGACUAGCACUGGGCGAUGCAGUACGUAGUACCGAAGACAGAGACGAAAGGGGGAUAGUUCACAUGUCAUCUGUGGCCCCCCAACGGUCCAAGGACUAAGGGACAUGAUGAUGACGGUGAUGAUGAUGAUGUUAGAAAGAUUGAAAAGCUGAUAAGAUAGAUGUCGCUGUGUUAGAUGAUGAAUGUUAUGCUUGAAGUUUGUUUGGUUUGUGAAUGUUACUUUGAAACAUGUUCUCCUCUAAGUUUGAGCACCUGUGGGUACAGUGAGACAUGGCCAAUCUACGCGUUCAGUUGGCACGGCCAUGCGCUGUUGAUGGGAUGUAUAAAAUCUAAUGGAUGGGGCCGUACAUAUCACGUAAUGAUACGAUUGUUAUGUACAGUAUAUUACAGCUUGUUUAGUUGGAGUAGUGUUUAAGUUAAACAUGAACUUAAUAUAACUAAAAAUAAACUUGUAAUAAAAUAUUUUUUAAUUUUCACAUUUAUGAAGGGAUAACAUUCUUUCUUUUAUAUUGAGGGUUGGGUGGUGGGAGGGGGAGGGGCAUUUUCGCCCAGUACAGAGUUAUUGUUGUUUAACAAGCAUUAACAUAUAGUUAAACAUGAACGUAUAGUUAAAAAUUAACCUAUUGUCAAACAUUAACCUAUUGUGAAACAUUAACCGAUUUUUCCCGAAAGGUUUGGCGGGCUUCUUAAAUGUUUCUUCGGGCCGUAGAUUGCACAACCCUGUUGAAGAUGUUGCUGCUGUCAUAAAUGUGGGCCAUGAUUAUUGUAGUGUAAGUAAGUAGGAAUAUCGUUUUCUGUUUCUUCCCUAUUUCAUCACUUCAGUGGUCCCCGUGUGGACAUAUUCCCACUUCUCAGUUGUACUCUGCCCCCCAUCCCACCCCGUUUCCUGGACAGAGUAAUUGGUCUUGGAUCCACCCACGAAUGUCAAUAUGGCAACUCCCAGUGCGUUGUCAAGUUAGGUAUAAGGUGAUCCUAACCGAGCUGGGGGCGAGAUACACUCCUGUUGAACACGUGAUCCUCGCGUGAAAUGCUAGUUCAGGGGUUCUUAAAGCUCGACUUUUUUAUUACACUGACGAGCUAGGCUCUUAAAGUUUGAGAAUUAGUUUGAUAAAACUGACAAAAUUAGGGCAAUUGUUCCCAGCCUGUAGUGCAUGCUCUGUCUGUAUAUAGUUCCCAGUCUAUAGUGCUCUGUCUGUACAAAGUUUCCAGUCUGUAGUGCAUGCUCUGUCUGUAUAUAGUUCCCAGUCUAUAGUGCUCUGUCCGUACAAAGUUCCCAGUCUAUAGUGCUCUGUCCGUACAAAGUUCCCAGUCUAUAGUGCUCUGUCCGUACAAAGUUCCCAGUCUAUAGUGCUCUGUCCGUACAAAGUUCCCAAUCUAUAGUGCUCUGUCCGUACAAAGCUCCCAGUCUAUAGUGCUCUGUCCGUACAAAGCUCCCAGUCUAUAGUGCUCUGUCCGUACAAAGUUCCCAGUCUAUAGUGCUCUGUAUGUACCUUGACUUUUAGCUACAAAGAUUUCUUUCAAGAGACUCUUGUUGAUACCAAUUCACUCACUUUACCAGUCCUAAACUCACUUGACAUGUCCUAAUCUCACUUUACUAGUCCUAAACUAACUUGACAUGUCCUAAUCUCACUUUACCGGUCCUAAAUUCACUUGACAUGUCCUAAUCUCACUUUACUAGUCCUAAACUCACUUUACCAUGUCCUAAUAUCAUUUUACCAGUCCUAAACCCACUUGAUCAUGUCCUAAUCUCACUUUACCGGUCCUACAGUCACUUGACCAUGUCCAAAUAUCACUUUACCAGUCCUAAAACCCACUUGACCAUGUCCUAAACUGACUUUACCUUUUCAUGAAAAAUAAUGUGUCAGAAAAUGGGUUGAAGGGGGCGCUCCAAACAAGGCGCCACUUUUUCCCUUCAUUUGGGGGAGCGGCAUUUUCUGCCCAUUGGAGGGGUUUAUCGUGCGAGGGGGGUGGGGAAAAAUCUUUAACCGACCCGGGCGGCAUUUAACCUAGCUACGCCUCUGUCAUGUAAAGCCCUUAUACAUACCACUCAACGACAACAUUCAACGACAACACUCAACGACAACACUCAACUACAACACUCAGUUACAACACUCAGCUACACCACUCAAGUUCUAAACUCAAACACAACACUCAACUACAACACUCAGUUACACCACUCAGCUACACCACUCAAGUUCUAAACUCAAACACAACACUCAACUAAAACACUCAAACAUAAAACUCAUUUACAAAACUCAACUACAACACUCAAAUGCAACACUCAACUUCAACACUCAAACAUAACACUCAUCUACAACACUCAACUAAAACACCCAAAACAUUACACUCAUCUACAACACUCAACUAAAACACUUAAACAUAACACUCAACUUCAACACUAAAAAAUAACACUGAAUUAAAACACUCAAACAUAACACUCAUCUAAAACACUCAACUACAACGCUCAUACAUAGGCCUACCUCUCAACUACAACACUCAAAGAUAACACUUGCACAUAACGCUUAACUACAGCACUCAACUUCUACACUCAAACAUAACACUUAAUAUCUACACUCAAACAUAACACUCAAAAUCUACACUCAAACAUAACACUCAACUUCUACACUCAAACAUAGCAGUCAACUUCUACACACAACUCAUGUACAACAGAUAUUUCCUAUUGCCUCCUUCUAAUCAAACAUUUUACAAACACAGCGUUGAGCCGCCAUGUUUUGUUGAUCCAUUGUCUAUGCCUAACAUAAGUGCCGCACACUUGUCUCCCUUGCCAAGUGUUCGAUCACAAACCUUUUAUCCCCCCUCAUCCGUUUGGCUGCUCGGCCCGUAACUCCCAUCGACUGCUGCUGCUUGCUAUUCAAUUCUCGUUCAUUCAUAUUUUACCAAGUGGAUGACAACGUGUAAGUGUAAAUGGGAGGUAGAAAAAAUGGCGUUGUGAAAAGAGGCUAUUGCCAGGUAACCGCUGUGCAUUACCAGUAGGUAACCCCUGGGCAUUGCCAGGUAACCACUGCAAAUGGCCAGGUAACCACUGCAAAUGGCCAGGUAACCACUGCAAAUGGCCAGGUAACCACUGCGCUCGUUGCCAGGAGGUAACCACUGCGCACUGCAAGGAGAUAACCACUGCGAUAACCACUGCGCCUUGCCAGGCAACAACUGUGCAUGUCCAGGCAACCACUGCGCAUUGCCAGGCAACCACUGUACAUUGCCAAACACUAGAUAUUCAAUCAUUGCGAUCGAUCUAAAUGUCAUCUCCAGGUAUCAACCCGAAAACUACUUCUCUCCUUCCUUCUGCACUAGGCCUCUGAAUGACGUCAUAUGGGUAUUUUAUUUCGACGAGGUUUAAGUUUUCUUUGACAGCCAGGUUUCUCGGCUUCCACCAUUGUGUACGUGUUUUUGUCGGUGUCCACAAUAUCAACAUCUUCACAGCUGUCACUGUAAUCCAGAAGAUGCGAUGCAGGGGCGUAAUUGGGGCACUCGGCUAAUGGGACACGGGGGGGGGGGGGAACAUUUAUUUGUUAUUUUGCCAUCAAGUCCACAAUAUCAACAUCUUCACAGCUGUCACUGGAAUCCAGAAGAUGCGAUGGAGGGGCGUAAUUGGGGCACUCGGCUAAUGGGACACGGGGGGGGGGGGUAACAUUUAUUUGUUAUUUUGCCAUCAAGUUGUAUCUUCAGUAAUUAUUAGGGAUGCAUUCACUGGGGUUGUUGUUUUUUCUGAUGAGGGCUCGAUCUGUCUCGCUGACUCGAUCUGUCUUGCUGACUCGAUCUGUCCUGCUGACUCGAUCUGUCCUGCUGACUCGAUCUGUCCUGCUGACUCGAUCUGUCUUGCUGACUCGAUCUGCCCUGCUGACUCGGUCUCUCCUGCUGACUCGAUAUGUCCCUCUGACUCGAUCUGUCUUACCGGCUGAAUGACGUUAUGAAGAGAGCACUUGGUAUGGGAAGUGUGCCUAGCUACCUCAUAAUCACGUGAAAAGAUUCUUAUUUAUGGCUGGUGACUGUAUGUUUGCACAAAAUAAUAGACUUCCUAGACAGCAUCUGAUGUGAUCUUUAGUGGAUGGAAACAAUAAUCUAGAACGAAGUGGCUAUUCGUACCCGGGUACCAGAAGUGAGAGGUUGGGAUUAAAAAACUAUUUAAAAUUUUAGUGUUGCGUUUGCAAGACAACAUGAGGUAUCACAUGAAAGAUAAUUGAAUGGAGUACAUGUUUGUAAACUUAAUUCUUCAGUUGAACUAAAAUAAACUACCACAAAUGACAUCCGAAUAGCACUGAGUCAAAAUGGACCCAGACACGCAGCGCCGCCAUCGGCACCCGGUUUAACUGAAGAACUAAGUUUACAAACAUAUCGUCCAUUCAUUUAUCUUUCAUUUGAUACCUCAUUUUGUCUUACAAACCCAACAAUAAUAUUUUUUAAAGUUUUUUAAUCCCAACCUCUCACUUCUGGUACCCGGUUACGAAUAGUCGCAGCCAAUCUAGAAUAUGGAGUCACAUGGAUGGUUUCUAUACUUGGCCUAUGCAAAAGUUGAGAGGAGAAAGCUUAUAAUUAAUGAAACGAUGGAACAAAAUCUGACAAGACUUCACAAUAGCAGUUUGACGAUAACACAUAGAUGAUAAAAUCUAGAUAACAGCUAAAUGAUAACAGCUAGAUGAUAACAGGAAGAUUUUAGCGCAGCUUGCUUUCCGUUAGUACUCAGGUAACAACUUCUAGAAAGUCAGAAGCAGGUACUCACAGACUCCAACCCUGCAGCAGUUAGUCACUGACUCCAAGUCUCAAGCAGGUACUCACUGACUCAAGUCUGAAGCAGGUACUCACUGACUCCAAGUCUGAAGCAGGUACUCACAGACUCGAAGUCUGAAGCAGGUACUCACAGACUCGAAGUCUGAAGCAGGUACUCACAGACUCGAAGUCUGAAGCAGGUACUCACUGAUUCCAACUGUGAGGUAGGUACUCACAGACUCCAACCCUGCAGCAGUUAGUCACUGACUCCAACUCUGUAGCAGGUACUCACUGAUUCCAAUUGUGAAGCAGGUACUCACUGACUCGAACUCUGUAGCAGGUACUCACUGAUUCCUAUUGUGAAGCAGGUACUCACUGACUCGAACUCUGUACCAGGUACUCACUGACUCCAACUCUGAAGCAGGUACUCACUGACUCCAAGUGUGCAGCAGGUACUCACUGACUUCCACUAAUAAUUGCUUUGUGGAGUGGUUCAUGUCAAUUCCUGUGGUUAUUUUAUAUUGACGUCAUUACAAAAUUCCUUUCAUUAAUAAUAUUUAUCUUCUUUUCAUUUUUCUACAGGGUGUUUGCGAUACUAGACCCUAGUCCAUAGGACGUGCCAGGCACCAUGCCUGCCCUGGGCGCCAUGGAGGCAUUGGUCAGACUCAGACGUCUGGCCAUGGACGCAUCAGUCACGGGGGCGCCAUCUAGCGCUGAUGAAACUUCCACCGCAGGGGAGCCGGAGCAGAAAGGGAAACUAGAUGAGAUUAAGGACUCCAUCAUGAAUGAAAUUAACAAAUGUGAGUAAUUUAUACAAUGACGUCACUGUCACUUUCUCAUUAUUAAAAACAAAACAAUGACAUUAUUUACAGUGAUCUGAAGAAUCUUGCUGUCAUUUCAUUGAAAUUAUUUACAGUAUUUUAAAGCAGUUAGCUGUCAGUUCAUUGGCGUUAUUUACAGUGUUUUAAAGCAGUUAGCUGUCAGUUCAUUGGUGUUAUUUACAGUGUUUUAAAGCAGUUAGCUGCCUAAUCAUUGUAUACAUAUCUAGAUCACUUGUGUUUCAGUGCCGAUCUGGGCUAUCAUCCUAAUCAUUGCUGGGGCGCUGCUGUUUCUCUCCUGUUGUGUCUACUGCGUCUGUAGAAGAUGCUGCAGGAAACGAAAGAAGAAGGAGGGCAAGAAAGGUCUGAAGGGGGCCGUGGAUCUGAAGAGUGUACAGUUACUGGGAAACUCUUACAAAGAGAAGGUAAAUAAAUGACACAUACUUUAGCAGACAAUUUACUUUUAGAGUUGACACAUUUUGAUUCAGAUCAGAAAAUUCGGUUUUUCUUGGGGCACGGAUGUCAUCUGUUGGGACUGGAUGAUUUGUUAGUGUGUCAGCACAAAGGCAUGCCAUGGUGUGUUUCAGCACAAAGGCAUGCUAUGGUGUGUCAGCACAAAGGCAUGCCAUGGUGUGUGUGAGCACAAAGGCAGGACAUGCAUGUUAAACCCAUGAAUAAACGGUACAGAAAUCAGGCAUUUUGGUUAGAUGGAAUCAUCAAUCUAGGGACUCAUCAAUCUAGGGACUCAUCAAUCUAGGGACUCAUCAAUCUAGGGACUCAUCAAUCUAGGGACUCAUCAAUCUAGGGACUCAUCAAUCUAGGGACUCAUCAAUCUAGGGACUCAUCAAUCUAGGGACUCAUCAAUCUAGGGACUCAUCAAUCUAAGGUCUCAUCAAUCUAGGGACUCAUCAAUCUAGGGACUCAUCAAUCUAGGGGCUCAUCAAUCCAGGGACUCAUCAAUCCAGGGACUCAUCAGUCUAGGGUCUCAUCAGUCUAGGGACUCAUCAGUCUAGGGACUCAUCAGUCUAGGGUCUCAUCAGUCUAGGGACUCAUCAGUCUAGGGACUCAUCAAUCUAGGGACUCAUCAAUCUAGGGACUCAUCAAUCUAGGGACUCAUCAAUUUAGGGACUCAUCAAUCUAGGGAAUCAUCAAUCUAGGGACUCAUCAAUCUAGGGACUCAUCAAUCUAGGGACGUUUCUCAUCCACAAAUCCAACUUUUUAUGUUGUUCAUCCGUCGCAUUUGAAGAUGACCAAGGCAAUAGUCAACAUUGAGCACCAGAUGGCUUGUGAAGAUGACCAAGGCUAUAGUCAACAUUGAGCACCAGAUGGCUUGUGAAGAUGACCAAGGCUAUAGUCAACAUUGAGCACCAGAUGGCUUGUGAAGAUGACCAAGGCUAUAGUCAACAUUGAGCACCAUAUGGCUUGUGAAGAUGACCAAGGCUAUAGUCAACAUUGAGCACCAGAUGGCUUGUGAAGAUGACCAAGGCUAUAUUCAACUUUGAGCACGCAUAUGGCUUGUGAAGAUGACCAAGGCUAUAUUCAAGUUUGAGCACGCAUAUGGCUUGUGAAUAUGACCAAGGCUAUAUUCAACUUUGAGCACGCAUAUGGCUUGUGAAUAUGACCAAGGCUAUAUUCAAGUUUGAGCACGCAUAUGGCUUGUGAAUAUGACCAAGGCUAUAUUCAACUUUGAGCAUGCAUAUGGCUUGUGAAGAUGACCAAGGCUAUAUUCAACUUUGAGCACGCAUAUGGCUUGUGAAGAUGACCAAGGCUAUAUUCAACUUUGGGCUUGCAGGUGGCGUGGUAAGCUGUCCAUGGCUAUACUCAACUGUGAAUACCCAGGUGGCUUGUGAAGAUGACCAAGACUAUAGUCAACAGUGAGCACGCAGGUGGCUUGUGAAAAUGACUAAGGCUUUAUUUAACUAUGAGAAUGCAAGUGGCUUGUGAAGAUGACCAAAUCUAUACUGUGAGUUCGCAGGGAACGUGCCAGCCCUAUUUGUUGUUGCAAAGCUUUACUGCACAUAGGGUGCACUUGUUUUGGGGUCCUAGUUGGAUUGGAGUCGAUUCUGUUUUUCUUUGCUCUGCGUUUUCUCUGGGGGGAGGGGUACGGUUUCUCUCUGAGACUUGAGCUCCAACUGUAAGUCUGCCACAUGAGAGCUUGUAGGACACAAAGCAAGUGUCUCCCAGGAAUUAAGGUCAAUGUCCAUGGGUUUGAGUGAAGCUUUUAGGCUGUCCUUAAAGUGCUUGUUCUGCCCACCAGCUUAGUGUCUCCCUCGGGGGAUUUCAUCGGGGGAUUUCAUGGAACAUUAAUUGUUUAGGAAGUCUAUUGUACUGCAAUCUCGCAGCUACUCCGCCCAUCUACAACUCCAACUAUUAACAUACACGAGACCAAACAUUCUAUUGUUUGGGCAUUCUGAAACAAUGACAGACAAAUUCGUAGAUGGGAGUUCUGGAAGUUGUUUAACAUUGAAGGCGCUUACAUAAUGCGACAUCGGUUUAACUUGCCCUGGAGAGUUUGGGUGUGUGUGUGGGGGGGGGGGGGGCUUCAGUUGAUUCGCCAUUAAACAAGACUCUCUCAGUUCUCGUAGCUUUGCCCAUCAUUGAUUACGUAUUUUAAAUGACAGCAACGUUUCAUGAAUGUCUAUGCAGGUGCUUUAACACAAUUACACCAACACACCCCAAGAUGUCACCAAAUAUGUCACUAAAUAUGUCACACACAUAUGUCACUAAAAUAAAUCCAUAAAAUGUACUUAUGAACUGAAGAAAAUGUCUUGAUUUUAUCCACGUGUUCCACAUCCACGAACCAAACAGGUUCAACCAGACCUGGAUGAGCUGCCGGUCAACAUGGAGGAUAACGAAGAUGCCGAGAGCACCAAGUCCGAGGUCAAACUGGGCAAGCUUCAGUUCUCACUGGACUACGACUUCCAGAAAGGGGAGGUCAGUACAACAGUUUUAGUUUAGUGGACACUUCGUUUUAAUCAUUUUAAUUGCCAGACUCAGUCAUUCAUUUUGCAAUGAUAAUGGUGAACACAAUUUGCUAAUCAGGACAUGUCAUUUACUGAGAGUUUGGGGAAUGCUCUUUGCUGAGAGUUUUGGGAAUGCCCUUUACUGAGAGUUUGGGGAAUGUCCUUUACUGAGAGUUUGGGGAAUGCCCUUUACUGAGAGUUUGGGGAAUGCCCUUUACUGAAAGUUUGGGGAAUGCCCUUUACUGAGAGUUUGGGGAAUGCCCUUUACUGAGAGUUUGGGGAAUGCCCUUUACUGAGAGUUUGGGGAAUGUCCUUUACUGAGAGUUUGGGGAAUGUCCUUUACUGAGAGUUUGGAGAAUGCCCUUUACUGAGAGUUUGGGGAAUGUCCUUUACUGAGAGUUUUGAGAAUGUCUUUUACUGAGAGUUUUGGGAAUGUCCUUUACUGGGAGUUUUGGGAAUGCCCUUUACUGAGAGUUUGGGGAAUGUCCUUUACUGAGAGUUGUGGGAAUGUCCUUUACUGAGAGUUGUGGGAAUGUCCUUUACUGAGAGUUGGGGGAAUGUCCUUUACUGAGAGUUGUGGGAAUGUCCUUUACUGAGAGUUGUGGGAAUGUCCUUUACUGAGAGUUGGGGGAAUGCCCUUUACUGAGAGUUGGGGGAAUGUCUUUUACUGAGAGUUGGGGGAAUGUCCUUUACUGAGAGUUGGGGAUUGCCCUUUACUGAGAGUUGUGGGAAUGUCCUUUACUGAGAGUUGGGGGAAUGUCUUUUACUGAGAGUUGUGGGAAUGUCUUUUACUGAGAGUUGUGGGAAUGUCCUUUACUGAGAGUUGUGGGAAUGCCCUUUACUGAGAGUUGUGGGAAUGUCCUUUACCGGGAGAUUGGGGAUGCCCUUUACUGAGAGUUUGGGGAAUGUCUUUUACUGAGAGUUGGGGGAUUGUCUUUUACUGGGAGUAAGGGGAAGGUCCUUUACUGGGAGUUUUGGAAAUGCCCUUUACUGAGAGUUGGGGGAAUGUCCUUUACUGGGAGUUUUGGGAAUGCCCUUUAUUGAGAGGUGGGGGAAUGUCCUUUACUGAGAGUUUGAGGAAUGUCCUUUACUGAGAGUUGGGGGAAUGUCCUUUUCUGGGAGUUUUGGGAAUGCCCUUUACUGAGAGUUUGGGGAAUGUCCUUUACUGGGAGUUUGGGGAUGCCCUUUAUUACUGAGAGUUUGAGGAAUGUCCUUUACUGAGAGUUGGGGGAAUGUCCUUUUCUGGGAGUUUUGGGAAUGCCCUUUACUGAGAGUUUGGGGAAUGUCCUUUACUGGGAGUUUGGGGAUGCCCUUUACUGAGAGUUUGAGGAAUGCCCUUUACUGAGUGUUUGGGGAAUGUCCUUUACUGAGAGUUUGGGGAAUGUCUUUUACUGGGAGUAAGGGGAAGGUCCUUUACUGGGAGUUUUGGUAAUGUCCUUUACUGAGAGUUUUGGGAAUGCCCUUUACUGAGAGUUUGGGGAAUGACUUUUACUGAGAGUUUGGGGAAUGUCUUUUACUGGGAGUAAGGGGAAGGUCCUUUACUGGGAGUUUUGGAAAUGCCCUUUACUGAGAGUUGGGGGAAUAUUCUUUACUGAGAGUUUUGGGAAUGCCCUUUACUGAGAGUUGUGGGAAUGUCCUUUACUGGGAGUUUGGGGAAUGCGCUUUACUGAGAGUUUGAGGAAUGUCCUUUACUGAGAGUUGGGGGAAUUUCCUUUACUGGGAGUUUUGGGAAUGCCCUUUACUAAGAGUUGGGGGAAUGUCCUUUACUAAUGAUUUUUUAGGUGUGGACCCGAGGGGCGGAAUAAGGGGUGGGUCAAAAAGAAUUGGGGCAACUGUAAAAUCUUUAAAAUCUCAUUCAGUUCAACAGUAACAUUACCUCUAUCUCAUUCAGUACAACUGUAACAUUCCCUCUAUCUCAUUCAGUACAACUGUAACAUUUCCUCUAUCUCAUUCAGUACAACAGUAACAUUCCCUCUAUUCAAUUCAGUACAACAGUAACAUUUCCUCUACCUCAUUCAGUGAAACAUAACAAUACCCCCCCCCCCCCCAAUCUCGCCGUGUCUAACACACGCGUAUUUAUUGAACCAUUCCUCCAUCCCCCCCCACCCUCUCAUUAAGACUCCCGCCAUUUUGCGGACUGUUUGCGUGUGGGCAAUGUUGUUUGAUGCCAGUUUCUGAAGUGCUCACUACCGUCUGCUAAGAUUGGGUGGGGCGGGACAGGGGUAAUAGAGUUGUUUUUAUUUCCACCCUAUGUUAAUGUAAAUGAGUAUUCAUCAAUGAAAAACGAAAGCAUUGCUGACGAUGUGGUCCAACGCUCGGUGAUCACGUGACCGGGUGUGCUGUAAAUUGUAAGCUGGAUGGAUGGACGAGUUUACAAGAUAAACUGUUGGGCGACCUGAUUCGUUUUCUACUAAUUGAAUUGGAUCCAUUGGGUUAUAUCGAUUCGGUCGGAUGGAAUUGGUUUUUAAUUUAUUUUUGGGGGAUUUUUAAAUAUUUUUUUGCCUUCUCACAAAUGGAGGAUAAAGAAAUAGCCAUUAUCUCCCCUUGAAUGGGUUAAUGAUUUCAUGCAAUCAAUUGAAUGAGCCAAACAGUAAUCGUACUGUAUCAGCAGAUUUGUCUCACUAGAUCUUCUUGUGCUGUGUCUAUUUGUCUCACUAUAUCUUCUUGUACUGUGUCUAUUAGUCUCACUAUAUCUUCUUGUACUGUGUCUAAUUGUCUCACUAUAUCUUCUUGUACUGUGUCUAAUUGUCUCACUAUAUCUUCUUGUACUGUGUCUAAUUGUCUCACUAUAUCUACGAGAACAGACUUCAUCAAGGUGUAUGCAUGCAUAACAUCAGAUGGUGCCAUCAGAUGGUGCCAUCAGAUGGUGCCAUCAGAUGGUGCCAUCAGAUGGUGACAUCAGAUGGUGACAUCAGAUGAUGACAUCAUAUGGUGGCAUCAGAUGGGGGCAUCUGAUGGGGGCAUCAGAUGGUGGCAUCAGAUGGUGGCAUCAGAUGGUGGCAUCAGAUGGUGGCAUCAGGUGGUGACAUCAGAUGGUGGCAUCAGAUGGUGACAUCAGAUGGUGACAUCAGAUGGUGACAUCAGAUGGUGACAUCAGAUGGUGACGUAUGUCUAACUUCCAACAAUAAUGUUUUCCAUGGUGUUAUACGGUUGUGUUCUGAACCACUGUGGGGUGUUUAGGAAAUAUAUUGAGGAUCACUGGCUCAUUCCCAGAAUUGAAAAAAUCCUUUUCAGUGACGUCAUUUGUUCCUAGACCUAAAUUGUGUCUGUGGGAACAGGUCUGACUUAACUGUGUCUGUUCUGACAGGUCUGACUUAAUGGAACCAAUCUAUCUUCAUUUCCUCAGAAUCUAAGUCAUAAUAUGGAACAUAUCCCAUGAUAAAGUUGGCUGUUGUUGUGCUGUCAGGUGUUCAUUUUGUUCUCCCCACCCCAACUUGUUUGAAUUUUGUCCUUAGAUCACCUCUACAUGGGCACCAUUCUAUCUGGUGUUAUGGGGUGGGGGGGGGUGGCGAUGACACGACAACUUGUUUGAAUUUUGUCCUUAGAUCACCUCUACAUGGGCACCAUUCUAUCUGGUGUUAUGGGGUGGGGGGGGGUGGCGAUGACACGACAACUCGGUCGUCAUUGGUGGUGACAGUGCAUGUAAGAAAUCAAUGUUAAAGUAGUGUAACAUGUCUUAUGAUGGAAUACACGGCCUGGAAGUGAUAGGCUGUGAGGUUCGUGGGGUGUAGAUGAUAGGAAGUGAGGCUUUUGAGUUGGAGAUGAUAGGCAGUGAGGUUUUUGAGGUGAAGAUGAUAUGCUGGGAAGCUUUUUGGGUGGAGAUGAUAAGCUGUGAGGCUUUUGAGGUGGAGAUGAUAAGCUGUGAGGCUUUUGAGGUGGAGAUGAUAGGUAGUGAGGCUUUUUAGGUGGAGAUGAUAAGCUGUGAGGCUUUUGUGUUGGAGAUGAUAGUCAGUGAGACUCUUGGGGUUGAGAUGAUAGGUUUGUGCUUUCGUGUUAGUUUUCCCGGUGGCCAUCUUAAAUAAUGAAUGCCAUGAGUUUUAUCUUUGUUGUUCUUGAGCACAGUAGUUAGUAAUGGGGAAAGGUUUAAUUCACAGGAAUUUAUGGGUGAUGUGGGAUGAAUAAGCUGAGCAAAUUUCUUCUCAGACCUUUUCAGGAUUAUUACUGAUUGUGUCUUUUCAUAAUUGUUUUAAAGGUAACACUUUUUAUUUAUUUAUUUUUUUAAUAAGGAGACUAGUGGUGUUUGACCUUAAGAUGAAUUCAUGUGACUCUAGAAACAGGUGACUUUAGAAAAUAAUAGUUCAAAAUGUGACUUUAGAGACAGGUGGUUUUCAAAAAUAAUAGUCUGUUACGAACCCGUUCUUACCAAGGUUCGUUUGCUUCGCUUUUUCUAAGGGUUCAACUGCCAUUACUCCAUCACAACCAACAACACAACCACAAUAUGUCAUUUCCCCUUCUCAGAAAAAGGUCACAAAAUACUAAGCAUAAUAGAUAAAGAUAUACUCUCUAAACAACACACAACCACAAUAUACAUUGAAGUCCUUAACACAUUCCAUGAUAUGACUUUAGAGACAGGUGGUUUCAGGAAAUAAUAGUUCAUGAUGUGAUAUGAGAUGACUGAAGACGUGACUUAUGAUAUUAUACUUAUGACUUAUACUUAUCAUUGUUGGUGUGACAUGGUAUCAUUUUAACUGUUUUUACUAUCAUGUUGUUGAGGAUGUGUCUGAUGACAUGUUGUUGAUGAUGUGUCUGAUGACAUGUUGUUGAUGAUGUAUCAGAUGACAUGGUUGUGCUGUUAGGUGUGAUGUUCAUCCAACAAUUUCACUGAAGUUGACCCCUAACAUUCCCAGCUCUCUGUGAAUGUUAUACAAGCAGCAGACCUUCCUGGCAUGGACAUGUCCGGCACCAGUGACCCGUAUGUCAAGGUCUACUUGUUGCCAGAUAAGAAGAAAAAAUAUGAAACCAAGGUCCACCGGAAGACACUCAACCCGGUUUUCAAUGAAAGUUUCACCUUCAAGGUAAUGAGAUAGGUCUAAUGUUUUAGCACCUUCAUGGUAAUUAGAUAGGUCUAAUAUUUUAGCACCUUCAUGGUAUUUAAAUAAGUCUAAUGUCUUAGCACCUUCAUGGUAAUUAGAUAAGUCUGUUUUUAGUAUUUUCAUUGUAAUUAGAUAAGUCUAAUGUUUUAUCACCUUCAUGGUAAUUAGAUAAGUCUAAUGUUUUAUCACCUUCAUGGUAAUUAGAUAAAACCAAUGUUUUAGCAGCAUCAUGUAAUUAGAUAAGUCUAAUAUUUUAGCACCUUCAUGGUAAUUAGAUAAGUCUAAUGUUUUAGCACCUUCGUGGUAAUUAGAUAAAACCAAUGUUUUAGCGGCAUCAUGUAUAAUUAGAUAAGUCUAAUAUUUUAGCACCUUCAUGGUAAUUAGAUAAGUCUAAUGUUUAGCACAUUCAUGGUAAUUAGAUAAGUCUAAUGUUUUAGCACCUUCAUGGUAAUUAGAUAAGUCUAAUGUUUUAGCACUUUCAUGGUAAUUAGAUAAGUCUAAUGUUUUAGCACCUUCAUGGUAAUUAGAUAGGUGUAAUGUUGAAAGCAUCUUCAUGGUAAUUAGAUAAGUCUAAUGUUUUAGCACCUUCAUGGUAAUAAGUUGCUUCUGUUUUAAUAUCUUCAUGGUAUUAAAAUAAGUCUAAUAUUCAGGCACCUUCAUGGUAAUUUAAUAUGUCUAAUGUUUUAGCACCUUUAUGGUAAUUAGAAAAGUCUAUUGUUUUUAGAUCCUUCAUGGUAAUUAGAUAAGUCUAAUGUUUUAGCACCUUCGAGGUAAUUAGAAAACUCUAAUAUUUUUAGCACCUUCGUGGUAAUUAGAUAAGUCUAAUGUUUUUAGCACCUUCAUGGUAAUUAGAUAUGUCUGUUUUUAGCACCUUCAAAUAAUUAGAUAAGUCUAAUGUUUUAGCCCCUUCAUGGUAAUUAGAUAAGUUUAAUGUUUUAGCACCUUCAUGGUAAUUAGAAAAGUCUAUUGUUUUUAGAUCCUUCAUGGUAAUUAGAUAAGUCUAAUGUUUUAGCACCUUCGAGGUAAUUAGAAAACUCUAAUAUUUUUAGCACCUUCGUGGUAAUUAGAUAAGUCUAAUGUUUUUAGCACCUUCAUGGUAAUUAGAUAUGUCUGUUUUUAGCACCUUCAAAUAAUUAGAUAAGUCUAAUGUUUUAGCCCCUUCAUGGUAAUUAGAUAAGUUUAAUGUUUUAGCACCUUCAUGGUAAUUAGAUAAGUCUAAUGGCUUUAGCACCUUCAUGGUAAUUAGAUAAGUCUAAAGUUUUUAGCACUUUCAAGGUAAUUAGAUAUGUCUAAUGGCUUUAGCACCUUCAUGGUAAUUAGAUAAGUCUAAUGCCUUAGACUUUAUAGUAAUUUACUUGGCCCAACAUUUGCUUAAGAGCAAGAUAUUUAUAUUUACAUAAUUUUAGCACAUUAAGGUAUAUUACCAAAUCUCAUUAUUGCUCAAGAUCAGCACAUAGCUAAUUGUAAUGUACAUUCGAUUUAACUAUUUGAAGUGUACAGUCCAUUUUAAUUUAUAAUUCCACCCUUUUUCUAUCUUUGUUUUUCAUUUCUCUGUAUUACAUAUCUAAUUGUAUGUCACUCCUUGCCCCCAAGUAGAAAUUUGUAUAAAUUUUGUUAAAAGCUAAAAUCUCACAACAAACUGAGCCCUGCUGUGGUAGGGGAGAAUGUGCCCUGCUGUAAGGGUAGGAUGGGAUCUGAACAUUUAAAACUGCAUAGAGUAUAAAAUUUUCCCAGGCCCUGGGGUCUGAUACUUGUCAAAACUUCUUCGUUCCAUAAACGUUUAUGGAAGCACAUCUGCAUUAUCUUUCUCAGUCAUCUUUGAUGAAAUACAGCUAGGGUGUCUCAGUCAUUGUCCUCAUGAGCCUCAUCAUCUUCCAUGUCAUACAUUAAUGGCUAUGAUAAUGAUAAGAUAUGUAGCACUAAGGAAAGGACAUGUAGAGCUAAUGGUAGGCUAACUAAUGCUAAUGGUAGGCUAUCUAAUGCUAAUGGUAGGCUAUCUAGUGCUAAUGGUAGGCUAUCUAGUGCUAAUGGUAGGCUAUCUAGAGCUAAUGGUAGGCUAUCUAAUGCUAAAGGUAGGCUAUCUAGAGCUAAUAGUAGGCUAUCUAGUGCUAAUGGUAGGCUAUCUAGAGCUAAUGGUAGGCUAUCUAAUGCUAAUGGUAGGCUAUCUAGUGCUAAUGGUAGGCUAUCUAGUGCUAAUGGUAGGCUAUCUAGUGCUAAUGGUAGGCUAUCUAGUGCUAAUGGUAGGCUAUCUAAUGCUAAUGGUAGGCUAUCUAGAGCUAAUGGUAGGCUAUCUAGUGCUAAUGGUAGGCUAUCUAGUGCUAAUGGUAGGCUAUCUAGUGCUAAUGGUAGGCUAUCUAGAGCUAAUGGUAGGCUAUCUAGAGCUAAUGGUAGGCUAUCUAAUGCUAAUGGUAGGCUAUCUAAUGCUAAUGGUAGGCUAUCUAGAGCUAAUUGUAGGCUAUCUAGUGCUAAUGGUAGGCUAUCUAGAGCUAAUGGUAGGCUAUGUAGUGCUAAUGGUAGGCUAUCUAGUGCUAAUGGUAGGCUAUCUAGUGCUAAUGGUAGGAUAUGUAGAGCUAAUGAAAUAAUAGGUAGCUCUAAUGAAAAGGUGUGGUCAUGGUUUUCAUUGUUUACUGAACAUGAUUGUAUGUUAUGUUAUAAGUAUAAUUAUUUAUAUAAUUGCAUAGACAGUCACUAUAAUAAAAUAAAUAUUUUUCUCCUCCUAACAGGUUCCAUAUGCAGAAGUGGGCUCAAAGAUUUUGACCUUUGCUGUGUACGACUUUGAUCGCUUCUCAAAACAUGAUCAAAUCGGUCAGGUUCAAGUACCCCUGAAUUCCAUUGACCUUGGCAGAGUUGUGGAGGAGUGGCGUGACCUUCAGUCUCCUGACACUGAAUCUGAAAAGGUUAGGCCAUUUACUUACAUGUACAGUGGUACCUUGGGCUACGAAUGCCUCAGGUCAUGAAAAUUCAGGUUACGAACAACAAUUUCGAAAUUUUUGUUGUCUCGGGUAACGAACAGUGCCUCGGGUUACAAAGUCAAAAAAGAGAGGGAGAGAUAAAGAGCAAGGUUUAACGUUGGAGACAAAUUUCCCUUGUUGCUGCAAAGAAACAGCAACACGAGACUCGUGAAAUUAAUGAUUCAGAAUAGCAAAGAAGGGAUACAUUUCCCAUGAUUGUUUUCAUGGUAAGAAACAUGCAGGGUGGCCCAGAAAGAGUGUGAACAUCUCGUAACAAAGGGCUAUAUAUUUGAAUUAAUAUAACGUUUUAUCAUUGAUAGUUGUACGAAAAUUAUAACACUAAUCAGAAAACUUUUUCAAUCUGUCUUCUCUCGCCCCGCCCCAACUGCUUUUCAAUGACUUUUUGUAAGCGCCACCCUGUAGACUUAAUCUUUUUUAUUUAUUUUACAUUUAAUUUUUGUUGUUGUUUUCUUCCUCUUUAUUUAAUAUGUGAAGUACACGCAUUCUUGACAUUUUUUCAGGCAAACUACAGGAUGCUAAUAAAAAAUAACGAUUCUUUCACCUUAAAACGAAUUGUCACUAAUUCAUUGAUUUCAAUGUAUGGGUUACAAACGUUUCAGGUUAGGAAUCGAGGUACCAAUGUACACAUAAACUUACUCAAGGACAUUGCCUUUAAAAAGUUUAAUUAGACACCAACAAUUUGUGUCAAUAUAACAAUAUAAUUUAAGCUUAAAUAAUAAUUAUACAUAAUACACAAGUAAACGUUUCGGCGCACGCCUUCAUCGGUACAACAACUAAACAUUUAAAUAAGUAUAAAUUAAAUUUUAAAAAAAAAUUUUUAAAUUGAAGAGGACGCAAAAACUAGACAAAAACAAAGUAUAGGAGAGUGGAAAGCUUAAAUUAUAUUGUUAUAUUGACUCAAAUUGUUAGUGUCUAAUUAAUCUAUUUUAAAGCUUUAUCGCAGUCCAACACUUUUUAUAAUUAGUUAAAUGCCUUUUAAAAAUAUGUAUAAAUGCUUAACUAUCAUUAUUGAUUUUUUUUUUAAAUUUAGAUAUCUUCUAGUGUUUACUAUUGUUUACUUUAAGGUACUAGUGUUUACUUUAAGGUUCACUGCAUGAUAUUUGGUGCUUAAUUUUAUUUGAAAGAUAUAAUGUUAAAAUUAAAUUAAUUAAACCAUUGAAAUCAUUAAAUUAUUGAAUGCAUUUUAUUAUUGAAUUUAAAAAAUCAUUGAAUUCUUUAACUCAUUUGUUUCAUUUGUACCUUGUCUGCAGGAGAACAAGCUGGGAGACAUUUGCUUCUCUUUACGCUAUGUUCCCACCGCUGGUAAACUGACUGUUGUGAUUCUGGAGGCCAAGAAUUUGAAAAAGAUGGAUGUUGGGGGGCUCUCAGGUCGGUACUGGUCAUUUUGACAUUGAUCUAUUUGGGAUGGUGUGGGGGGAGGGUGGCGGGUGUGGGGGCGGGUGUGGGGGGGGGCGGGGGGGGGGGAGGGGGUGGGGGAGGGUGUGGGGGCUGAAAGUUGGAAUAUUUUCAUUUUAUUAUAUUAAUAAUUUACUUUCAAGUUUAAAAAUUAGAAUAGUGCAUUAAGAAAUAAUUAUAGUAUUCUAAAUUAAGUUAAUUCAUUAAAGAACUAAAGCCAUAUGCCAUUUUUUAAAUUUUUAAAUUUUUUUUCUACAAUAUUAAAUGGCAACUGCAAUGUUUUAUGGUUUUUAUACCGGUACCUAACAUUAAAAAACUGACAGCUCUGGCUUGGGGCAAUCCAUAAAUGAUGUCACGUGUCUAGGGGGGAAGGGGGGGUCACAUUUUUGUGACGAUGUGUGAUGAGGGGGAGGGAUUCAUAUUUUUUGACAAUGUGUGACGAGGGGUGGGGGGGUUAAGCAUUGUGGUGUCACAUGAAAAGGGAAUAUCAUUGUAAAGAAUUGCACUUAAUAACCCUAAAUUAAAUAAUUUUUUAACAUUAUUAUUUUAUACAACAAUUAUAAUUUUAUUAUUUUAAAACUACAAUCACUGAGAUAGUCAGUACAGGUAUGCUAGGUGUGAGAAAUGUUUCUUUCUGACACGGGUGCCAAAUGGAUAUGUCAAAUGAUAUCCAAGGGAGGUGAUUUUCUUAAGGGUUUGUAAAGGACAGUAGGGGACACAUGGAAUUUUUAUAGUUGGUGGGGUUGAAAAUCAGCAAAAUUUUUAUAUUUGAGGGGGUGUCUAACUUUUGUGACGAUGGGGGGAGGAGGGGGGGGUGAAAAUCAGAGAAAUUGUGUGCUGUCAUUUAUGGAUGGCCCCUUGUAACAUAGAUAUGGCUAAAAAGCAUUGACAAUCAAUAACAUAUAAAAGCAUGAAUAUUAUUUUUAAGAACACUACCAAAUGAUAAGACAACUUAAAUCUGGUGUUUUAUAUUUAUAGUGUGUGAAAUGAAAUAACAAUAAAAGUUUCUCACUACAUUGGAAUAACUCUAGAAGUUUAGGGGAGGUUACUUUAAAAUAAAUUUUCGGAAAUUGUUUCCAUAAAAGAUUGGCUUGACCUUUUCUUUUAUAAUAUGAAAAACGAGUCACAUGAAGUCUUUAUUCCCUAGGAUAUUAAGUAUGUGCUAUUCGUAUUUGAUCAUAACAAAUUUUCUUCAUCUAAAACUAAUCCUGUUUCUUUACAGAUGGCUGUGGUUUUUUUUUUUUUUUACAUUUAUUCUUGUUUUCAGAAGCUUUAUUUUCAUUGCUCUCUAAAAAAAUUUAAUGGACUCAAAAUUUGGUUUUAUUAAGAUUUUUUUAACACUCGAGGCUGAAAUGAGACCAUCCGCAACAGCUUAAAUUCACAGCAAAAUUAAGUAUGUGCUAUUCGUAUUUGAUCAUAACAAAUUUUCUUCAUCUAAAACUAAUCCUGUUUCUUUACAGAUGGCUGUGGUUUUUUUUUUUUUUUACAUUUUUUUUUGUUUUCAGAAGCUUUAUUGUCAUUGCUCUCUAAAAAAAUUUAAUGGACUCAAAAUUUGGUUAUAUCAAGAUUUUUGUAACACUCGAGGCUGAAAUGAGACCAUCCGCAACAGCUUAAAUUCACAGCAACUCAUUUUCUAUGUUUUGUAAUAAAACUCUACAGAUCCGUAUGUGAAAAUUGCUCUUGUACAGGGCACAAAGCGUCUCAAGAAAAAGAAAACGACUAUUAAGAAAAACACCCUCAAUCCAUAUUUCAACGAGUCUUUUGGAUUUGAGGUUCCGUUUGAACAGAUUCAGGUAGACAGCGUUGAGAGUCCGCCAUUACUAUUCUUGUUUUUUCUUCUCACUCGCACUGUUUUUAUCUCUUCGAUUUUACAUUUCCGUAUGAUUUUUAUUUUUUACUUGAUUUGUCUGGAUUGCUUUUUCUUAAACAUUUUUUUGUCUUUUGUUAUUUUUUUCGCCAAAGGCUUUUUAAAAAAUUCAUCAAGUGAUUUGUGUCCAUUUUUAUGUCUAGCAGCUUAUCCUUCACAUUGCAACGAGAAAAUAUUUAAUUAGUUACUCUUUUAAGUACUAAUAAAAAAUUUCUAGAUAGCCCCUUUCCAAAUUAAUGAAUUAUUUUACACUUUUCACUUAAUGCAAUUUUGAGUAACUAUAUAAUUUUUAAUGUUUAAUUUUAGGAGGCACUAUUUUUUAUUUCACUUAAGUAAAAUAUGUAUGAUAUAUGAAAAAUAUUUUUAUUCAUGUUUGUAUAUAAAGACCUAUAAAAGAAUUUAAAACAAUCUUUAAAAGUCAAAGUUUUUUAAAGUAUUUAAGCAAUUUUUUUUUCAACUUGCAGACAGCAUAGCAUGCCAGUUCUCAUCAUUUUCUUACCUCAACCUUAACAACACAUUUCUUGGACCUUUAAACUUUAUUCCUCUAACUACUUCCUUAGCCCAAAAUUCACUUAACCUCUUUUAUUUGUCACACUAAUUGCAGCAAUAAAUUUUUAUCCUUCAGAAUUUUUUUUUAAUGCAAAUUCAACCCUGUAGCUUUGUCAUUCAUUCUCAACAAUCAAAGUCAAAGUCCUGAUUUUUUUCCUCACUGUGCAUAAAAAUUUUUCUUUUCCUAUUGAUGUUGAAAAUGUAAGUUCACAGAACCAGUUACCAGAGAUGUUCAACUCAUGACCUGAAGUAUCAACAAGAAGAUGAUGUUUGGUGCCUUUAAUAUUUUGUCCUAACCUUUUUCAAAUAUUCUUCAUGUUGCCAUAAACGCCAAAAUAGCUUUUUAAAAGCUGUGCACAUUUUUUAUGUUUAAUUUCCAAAAUUUUGCUUUGUUUUUUUUUUUUUGAUACCAUUGGUAUGGAGCAGAUCCGUAUGUGAAAAUCUCUCUGAUGCUCAAUGGAAAACGAGUGAAAAAGAAGAAGACAACCAUCAAGAAAUGCACUCUCAAUCCUUACUAUAAUGAAUCUUUUACGUUUGAAGUUCCAUUCGAACAAAUUCAGGUACCUGUAUAUUCGUAUCUGUUACCAUGUGCCAUGGUGAAAUCCUACUGUGUCAAUGACCAGGGAUGGGACUAGCCUAUUCUCUAGAAUAUUAAACCUAGUAAUAUGUACAAUAUUAAUCAGUAUUCAUUGAGCUUUUGAUGUUUGCUUACAAAUGUUAGGCAUAUUUUUUUUUCACAUUUAUUUUAUUGCUCCAAACUUUAGGCUCUGUUUUUAUUCAAGUGACUUUUGUUUCAUUUGAAGAAUCAUUAUAAUACUGUCUCAAAAUAAAACUAAAAUACACUGAUGCCAAUUGUUAGGCUGAACUGUUUAAAAUUUUAAAAUUCAAAACUCCAAAGCUCAUUGUCCAUAGAAAUGUAAAUUUUAACCAGCACUUGGUUGUCCUAGCAGGCUUACUAACUGAGGAUUGUUUUUGCUUAUGAUAACACUCUGUCCUUGUGAGUUAUUCUAGAGUGUGUUGCUUGAUGCCAAACUGUAGUGCUUGAUUCCAGGAAAAACUUCAACUCAUCUGAUGUUUUAAUAGUCUUUGCUUGACAGCAUUGCUAGAUUUAUUUUUUCUUUUUCUGAAUAUCAGAAGCUAUACAUGCUGUUAAGUUUCUGGCUACCAUGAUAGAAAAAUUAAUUUUUUAACUUUCUUAUUUUGAUGAUUGAUGAGUUUCUAAAUUUUCGGCUCUUCACGUCAGAUUUAUGAGAUUGCUGUAUUGUUAGAAAUGUUGAAGUAUUAGGCACACCUAUUUAAUACUGUUAUACUUAAUAAUAUUUGCACCAUACUUGAUUGAAAAUAAAUAGUAUAUUAGACAAAAGCAGAUAUUUAAACUCAACACAAAGCGCUGUUGUAAAGUGACUUGAUCACUGCAUGAGUCUUAGUACCCCAAUGGCAUUUUACAAUGGUGGUCUCAUGUUUAGUUCUGUAUGGGUGCGAUGAUGUUGGAAUAAAUUUGUAAUUAAGCACAUUAAAUAAGGUGCACUUAUGUAGACAUAUUUUGAGUGGCAUAACUUCUGCAUGGGUAGAAAAAAUAGCAAAUUCUAUAAAUUCCAUUUUCAUUAAGAAAAAUAUAUUUGAAAAUACAUUUUAGCAUUUGACUUUGAAGGAUGUUAUCAUCUAAUCAAACUAUCUAACAUUGGUUUACUCCAGUACAAUUUUCCACUGAUGCUUUUUAAUAGUUUAAGUUUUUUUUUUUAAUAUCAUGUAAUUAAGUUAUAAUUACAAAAUAUGAACGGUGUUAAAUAGUAUUUGCAUGUCUGAGGACCACCCAAACAUCACAGUUAUGCCACUGCAAAUGUACCACCCAAACAUCACAGUUAUGCCACUGCAAAUGUAGGUCAACCUCAUUCCUGAUGUAGUUGAUACAUAAAGAUUUCAAUAGCUGUGUGACACAAGCUGCGGUAUGCAUGAAUCCUGCUCAAUAAUUUUCUCUUUUUUUUCAAUUUAAAAUUGCUUCUACAUUUCUGUUUUAAUAUCAAACGGGCAAACUGCAGAAAACUGGAAGAAAUUGGAAUAGAAGAAGUCACACUAAAAUAUAAAUUAUUUGUUUUGGACAAUAAUUACUGGCUAUUCAAAGGCAUUGACCUCAUUAGUUUCUUUUGUUUUCAAGAGAUCUGUCAUUUUUGGGUUAUUAUUUUAUAUAUGAAACAGGAAUUAACGUACCAUUACCUUUUAUGUGCUGGUAUGCCUUUGUCCUGAUGCAUUUUUAGAAGAAUUCACAGUCUGGUGCUCUGUUUACUAGCCAUCUAUUGCCCGACAUUGCGCUGCACUUCAUAGUUUACAGCAUGCAGUAAGAAGAUUUAUGAUACAAACAAGUACAUUUUUAAGCGAGCAUAAUGUUUGAAUUAUUAUACUGGCUUAUUCUUUAAUCUAGCUUUGCUGUCUCAUUUUUAAACAUUUCUUUAAGGAUGGUCUGUUUUGAUGCAUUUAGAUUUUGUUUCAUAGGUUGCAAGAGAACAAUUGGAAAUGAACUUCUGAUAUCGACACACACAUUUUUUUUAAUACUUUAUCAAAACUGUUCACUUUUAUCUAUUAUGAAAUUUUAAAAAAUGAAAUGUUUUUGCUGCAACACUUUAAACAAAUAUAGGUCAAACAAACACCACACAAAUAUAGGUCAAACAAACACCAAUACCCAGUACAUGAAACAAGUACUACAAAACAUUGACCGAAAUUAGAUACAGAAAUACACUUAAGGUACCACGUGGAUACAUAUUGUAUAACUUAAUUUAUCAUUGCAUCAUUAGAUACUUAGUCUUAGUCCUCUUUGUUAUUAAACGAAGUUUUCCCACCAUCAUGAUGCAAUUUGAGAACAAAUUAAAUCUUCAUCACCAAUUUUUUUUUCCUUAAAGGAUUUUUUUGUUGAAAUGCUUUCUAACAGAUGAAUUAUGUACCGUAACAUUGAUAUUAUUUUUUUAUACAAUUUUUGAUCUAUCAUCAUGUCCUCUCAAAAAUUCAUUCUAAAAGCUUACAUAUGCCAGUGAAACCUCUUCAAACACUCUCAUUAACAACAAUCUCACACGCUUAUAAAUAUGGUUGUGGCUUAUACCCUCAGUGCUAAGUGUGUAGCAUUAGAAUAGAGCAUAAAUAUUUCUUAUUGGCUUGCCUUGGUAGCUUUGUUCUGUGCAUCUGUUUUUAGAUUUUUACUUUAAAGACGAAUAACUUAAACUUAAUAAGGGGGGGGGGGGGGGGGGUGUUAGGGUUAGGGUGUUGGAAAUUAUAAAAUAUUCUCAAUCAUUUUAAUUAUAAGGUGGCAUGAAUCAUGCAGAACUUAAUUAAAAUAUAUCUAAAAGAUUAUUGUAUUUACUUUAUUAAAGCAGAAUUAAGUAGGGAAAAAGCAAUAGAAUCAAAUUUAACUUUAUAUACCAGAUAGUUUUCAAUUAUUUGUGACAUGAAUUCAGAUUCAUGUCCUGUUGUAUUUUUGUGGGUUUUUUUUUAUAUAGAUUAACAUAAAUUGAUGGAUGAUUUCAAACUACUUCUAAGAUUGGAAGAAACUUUCCUAUUUCUUUACUCCACCUUAUUGUACCCUGCAUGUUUUAUGUCUUUAUUUUAAAAUGACAUUGUUCCUUUUUCAUAUUCAUAUUUUAUAUAUUUAUUAAAUGUAUUUAAUUUAUUUAUUUUGCCGAUUCUCACUUGAGGUGUCUUGAAAACCAUUUAAUUUUUUGAAAAUUACAAAAUGAUGUGAAGUGGAUCACAUUUUACACUGAAUUAGAAUUAAGAGGCUCAUCCUUUAUCAUAAUGUGGAGUGGUACUAGUCCCAUUUUUGCUCCAUAAAAUAAAGAAUAAGGUUUGAAUUUUAAAUAAAAUUUCAAGUGGAAAGGGAAUAGUAAUUUAUUUAAUUAAAAUAUUAAUAUUUUAAUGAAUUAAAAAAUGAAAGAAAAUAUUGCAUUUCUUUGAAAAUAUUAUUUUUCAAUUAUGUCUAAAAAUAACUUAGAGCUUCAACAAUUGACCGAAAUUUAAAAGUUGUUUAAAUGAUUGUCAAUUUACAAACAGUAUUACAUUAUUUUUAUGCUAGGCAAAGGGUUACAAUUGUCAAAAUUGCUUUAUCCUUAUGCAUUAUAUUAAUGACCCUUUAAAAAAUAUUAUUACCAAAUUUUAGCAUAAUUAAGUAAUGAAGAAAAUUAACUGUUUCAUGAGGUUAUUAUAAUAAAAUACAAUCUUUAAUUAAUGGAAGGACAUACUUUUUUCAAAUCUAUCUUUUUGUUCACUAAAAAUUACAAUUUACAUUAAAACAAGUGCAUAUAUUUACCAGCAUCUUUCUUAACUGAAAUAUUCCUUUUAAAAGCAAAUAUGAAAAUGUACUGCAUAUUUACAAAAUGUCUUUUCAAAUUCACCUAUCAGCAAAUAGCAAAUAAAAUGAUACUUUGAUGCAAUAUCCAGAUGUAAAAAUAAUUAACUAUUAAAAUGAAAUAACUAAAUUUUAAAGUUACUUAAAUUUUAAUUAGGAAUUAUGUGUCGUCAACAAUACUAACAUAUACAUACAUAUAUAUUCAGGACAAAUCCCUGUGUAUCUCUAUUACAGCUUUCAUUUUUAACCAUUUAAAAGUUAAAAAAUUACAUAAACAUGGCAAGUUUAGCUUUUCCAUUGGAGUAGCAAUAAAUAAUACAUCAGUUUUUAACUUUGUAUAAGUAUAACUUGGAGCAUGUAAUGAACAAUAAGUAAAUUGUCACCAAAUUUUUUUUUUCUGUCAUUAUUAACAGUAUGUUGUUUUUUUAGCUUUUAGAAUUAAAAUGAAGAAGUAUUAAGAAUGGAAAAUUGGUGGUUUAUGAGGGAAUUAACAAAUAUUGGUAAGUGGGAUCACCAUAGAAAAUAUUUUCUAAACAAUUAAAUUUAAACAAAACUUUUUAUUUUAUUAACAGAAAGUAACGCUUAUCGUUACCGUGGUUGACUAUGACCGCAUUGGAACAUCUGAGCCCAUUGGACGAUGCGUUCUCGGCUGCAACUCAUCGGGAACAGAGCUCCGACACUGGAGUGACAUGCUGGCCAACCCGCGACGCCCUAUAGCACAGUGGCACACACUACAGGAAGUGCCAGAGAAGAGCUAAAUAAUCCAGACAGAGGCACUGUUUCUUUCUUCUGAGAUGAGACCAACAAACAACAUGUACUUUAUAAGAGAAUUUAAUACUAAAACGUUUUAAGAAACUCAUUUCCACUUAACAGGGUCAAAAAGGACAGAAGAACCAGCUGUUAACUUAAUUUUUUUUGGUUCUGUUUUUGUCCAGUUUAGUUAGCCUAAUAUUUUGAAAACAUUAUUCUAUAUUUUCAUUGUACGUAUAAACUAAUCUAACAAAAUGUUAAAUGUUAAGGAUUUUGUUCUCUGACUUAUUCAUUAUUGAAAAGAUUGCAAACAAAAAUGCAAGUUAUGUGACUAAAGUAAGAAUACAUCAUUAAAAUCUAACUUAAGUCAGUAUUUUAGUUUCAAAAUUAAAUAAAUAAAAGAAAGAAUUGUUGAGACUAAAAAUAUAUAUGUUUUAGGUAUUAAAGUAAAAGAUAACAUUUAUCAUAAUAUUUAUUUUUAAAGUAGUAAAUUAUCAUAAGAAAUUUCACUCUGGCAUUUACCUUUUAUGUGGAAACAAACAAAAAAAAAUGGGAGAAAUACAAUUGGUGACUUUUUUCUGGUAUGCAUAGGUUUACUGAGCUUAUUGUAAUAUAUCUUAUGUAGAUAUUUACUGAUACUUUGACAAUUAUCUUAAAAAUUGACCAUACAAAAAUUAAUUUUAAAAUGUUAAAUUUAAUAGGACAAAGAAAAAACUUUUUCUUUUCUACUUAGUUUGAUUUACAUUAUAAUUAUUAAUAAAAUUAAUGCUGUAGUAUGGAAACUAUUUCUGAAGAUCUAUAGUUAUUGAAUUAUUAUAGUUACGGUACAGCUAAAUGAAUAAUUAUGUCCAUGUUUUCAAUAGAUUAACUGUUGGGGAAUGUAAUCAAAUUUGAAAGUCUUUUGAAUUUGAAAUUCAGCUGAGCAUUUUUUCUUUAAUCUUAAGUCAUUAAUGUCAGCAAUUAUUUAUUGUCUUAUACAUGUCACUUUUAUUUUAUUAUUUGACAACCAACUUAAUUGCCAUCCAAUGACAUGGCUCCUACUUAAAGCACUUUUUACAGUUAUUUUAAUUUUGAGGCAAUUGUUCUGUCCAAUGAAAAAAUCAGCAAAUAAAUUAAAGCUAACAACAAUUUUAUUCAAACUUGAUCUGAACUUUUAUUCUCAAAUCAUCUUUGUACAGGACUUAUGCACUAGUGUGUGCUAAUAUCUCCUACAUUUGGUGUUUGUUUUGUCAGUGGUUUGAGUUGAAGCAUUAGGCUGUUAAACAUCAUUCAUCAUAUCUGAGAAGUUAGAUCAUUAGCUAAAAAUAACCUCACUAUUAAAAGCAACACAUUUCUAUAAUGCUACCUGGUGGUGCAAGGACUGCUAAUGGUUAGAGAAUUUCAGAUGCCCUAAACAAAGGCACAUCACUGAUAAAUAACUUUUGAAAACACCUGUUUUUUUUAAGUUACUGGCAUCAUUUAUGUCAAUGAUAGUUGAUACAGUGUUAUGUUGAUAUUUAAAUCUUGUAAUCGAACAAACAAUUUUUGUGUUUUAUGUCGAUAUGCAUUUUAUUUUUUAAUAGAAGAAAACAAAUCUAAUUUGGGAAAAAGUAAAAAAGUAAAGUGUUAAGCUGAAAAGAAUUGUGAAAAUACAUUAUCUACUUAAAUUCUUUGCUUUUAUUUAAUUAAUAAGUAAAACACAUUUUAUGAUAAUCUUGACCUAGAUUGAAAACGCACUGCUGCCUCCACAGCGUUUGCCAUCAUUUGUACAUAAUCUCAUCAUUUAAUGUGUUCUAGUUUUAAUUUUAGUCUGAGCUAUGUUCGGUGAUUUCUUGUGAUUGUACCACAUUCAGUGAUUACAACAGUUCAUAUUUAUUCAAUAGGUUUUAAUCUACCUACCAUGAUAAACUGUGAGUCUUGUCUAGUUUAUGUUCCCUUCAUCUUCCUUUUGAUUACAGGAAAUAUUGUGUUUAUUUUCAGAUGGAAAACAUCAUUAAUUAGUUGGUUAGCUUAUUAAUCAAUUAGUACGCUGAUGAAAUUCUAACUUUAGUUUAAUAUGUCUUUUUUAUUAUGGACCAACAGCUCUGUAUAGAAAUUAGAAAUAAAUCAGUUAUAAAACUACUUAAAGCAAGUCACACAUUUGCCUGAACUUAGCUUUAUAAAUUUGAAAAGUUAAUUUUUUGUUUGUUUGAUAUCCUUCAUUAUGUUCACCACUAUUUUAUUUUAUACUUUAUUUUUUUUUAAAUAAUUAUACUGGUACUUAUACAUGCUUUACUUCUAAUGGUUGUCUAGCAUUUUCUCCCCCUUUUCUUCUUGAGUUGUCUACCAUCUACAAACUUUUGUUACGUUAUUGUGGGAAAAUGCAAUUCUUUUUAUUUCUUCUUCCCUCCGUGUAUAUCUUGUGUAGCAACUGGUGACUCUUGAAGUUGUGCUCAAGUCACAACAUACUGAAGGAAUCUGAACAGCACAUUUAUUUGUUGCUGCUAAAGAGAAUUAAGCAUUACUGAUAUGAAUUACCGGUAUUCAAAUCAACAUUUAAGCAUAAUUCCAGAAGUUAUUAUGAAUUUAAAUAGAUGUGAUAAUUGUGUGCAAUUAUUUAUAACUUAUACUACAGGAACAUCUUCAACCAUUGUGAUUAAUGUUGAAAGAACCAACAAAAAUAAAAGCUUAUUGGAUUUAGCCUACUAAUUCAUCAGUUAAUUUGUUCAAAUGUUCAAAACAUCCCAACACUGAUGAUGGGGCUGUUGAUGACCAAUAAUAUAUAGAGACUAAUCUUAGACGUCUAUAGGUUUAAAAUUCUAGUGCUAUUUUUAUUUUAUUGUUGUACUUAGUACUUGUACUCAAAGAAAUUUGUGCAGCAUUUAAUUUUAUCUUUAUGUUGUUAUGCAGUUGAUUUAGAUUAAGAUAAAAUGUUGCUUUUAUUUUACAAAUCUAACACAAAACCAAAUUCAUUUUGUCUUAGGACUUAGGAAGUAUCCAGUGCAGACCCGGAGUAACAACUAAUUUGUUUAGUUUAAAUAAGACCUUUGGAUCUAGGUUAUAUAUAGAAGUAGAAAACAAUGUGGUCAUCACAUUUCCUGAAGAUUUUUAUGAAUUUUCAAUCUACCAGUUUGUGUAUUAAAAGUUUGAUCAUUAGCUGUAGCUCUUAGAAAUAUUGACUGUUUUGUACUGUUACAGAACAGUGCAUGCAAAUAAGGGGUCCGAUGUCAUGGUGUGAAGGUUAAAGGUCACACACAAUCCAGCAGAGACACUUGUGUUGUCAGUGUGCCACAUUGGUUAGUUCAUGUAUAUUCAUUUGUCGCUGUUGGAAAAUAAACACACACAAAAAAAACCAGAGAAAUGAGUCUGUUUAAUGAUCUGUUUUAGGCUAGUGUUUCUAGUUUCAUUUUAAAGACACCCACUAAUUUGGUAUUAAAUUAUUUAAAUGUUCAUAAAUUAUUGCAUUAAAUAGUUGGCAAAUUUUUGCAUGUAAACAUAUCACAUAAAAAUUUUGUUUAAUUAAGAAAAAAAUUGUUUUUUCACGUUUAAUUUCUGAAGAAAAAAUUAAACACUAAGAGCAUUAACAAAAUC